CUGCAGUCCCUAUGGAUGUACCUAGGAAUACAAAGCUUCAUCGCUCUUAAAGGGUUAAGUGAAAGCUUUCAUCUAUGCUUGUUUUACAUAAGGACAGGGGUCAAUCUGUAUCUCAAAUCUGACCAAUGACUGAGUGGCAGGCAUGCCAUUCACCCCAACAGGUACACACGGUUCAGAGGGACUGGGUGAAUGCACUUUUAGCCCAUGUUUAAUUUCAUCUUGCUUCCCACUCUUAACCUUUGUCAUUACGAGUUGUUUUAAGAGCUCCAUGCAGACGCUAUGAAUUUGUCCUGUCUAUUUUUCCUUCUUGCUGCUCUGGUCAUUGUGCAGGCCAAAGAGGUGAGUGCAAGCAAAGUGAUAUAGGUUCUUGUACUGAAUGUAUAAUUCUGUAACUUUUAACAACCAAAUAUUAAAACAUAAACUACAAAAUAUGUACAAUCCAGUCAGAUUAGUUAUUAUUUUCAGUUUAAAUUACAUAACUUUUUCUUCAAGUCAUUGUUUUCCUUUUUGGGUUUUAGUCACUAAAUUAUAAAUAGCGGAGAACUGACAAACUAUUAGAAGUUUAGGUCACUAUAUAGUGCAUAUUCCCCUAAGAAACCCAAGAAACAAACAUUUUACCAAUGGCGGUUAAUAGAUGCUAUUUUUAAACCUUUGGUGUACCAUAGAAAUCUUUAAUAUUUAAUUACAAGCAAUAGCUGUAGUUUGAUGUAGAAUAUCAGGAAUUUGCACAGAGAACUCCCUCCAUAUUGUAUGCAUGAUCAACAGAGUGUAACUCCAACUCAUCUCGAGCAGUUUCAGACAUUCACUUAAGGUGCUGUCCAAAGAUUAAAGACACCCCAACCGCAGCAAUAACCAAAGCUAUAGGCCUAAAACCCCAAAAAGAUACAUUUUACAGAAAAAUUAAGCUACUUUGGGCCAGCCAGCUUCUGUCUCACAUAUAUUAUUUUCACACAAAGCACAGUUCACUGUGCACACAGAGGGGUCAAUUUAAACAUGGUGGGAGUGGGCUGUCCUCUAACCAUUAAUCAGCUCUUUUCCAGUCAAUCAUCUCUUUUUUUUUAGCACGAAACUCUGAAUUUCGAAUCAGGUAUACUCGUCCAUUGCACAAGUUAUUUGGUUAUACAUUCAUGUGGUGAUUUUGGAGUUAUGGAAUUCAGAUGACCCAACGAUUUACCUAAAUUUGCCCAAAUUGCAAUUCGACCUAAAACAAAGGCACAAGUCUAGUACCCAUCAUAGCAAAUAAUUGUGAAUGAUCAUGGUUGGCUCUCAUAUAAUGUAAUUUCCAGGAGCCUGACCAAAAUAUGCAAGAUCAUUAUGGUCAUAUAUUUAAUAUAGGUUCCCCUGGGUAUUAUUAUAAUUUUUGCCUCCACACAUGGGUUGGGGCAUAAGGAAUAUUUUAUACUAAUAUGGGGUUAUAUGUAUUCAUGUAGGUUAAUUUAUUUACUAACUAUGAUUAAAUUAAAUGUGAUGGCUGGCUAGCAAGCACUGGCACAUGGUUAACCUUCUCGCCACCUAGGUUUUUUUUUUUUUUUAUUCUUUAUUUUUACUGUGCAAUAGGAAUUACAUACAAGCCUGCAGUGCCACGAUAGCAGUGACAGGCUAACUAUUUGCCCACUGGCUACUAGUGCAAAAAUAGUUUUGAUUUUUAUAAUUGGGGAGGGAUUUGAAGCAUCUGGGCCUGUGGGUCUGGAUUUUCGUCUCGUUCGCUGCCCCUGUUUUGGAAAAUCUGGACAUUGAUAAAUAUGAACAAUGACCGUUCAUUUUGCAUUCUGAAUGACCUCAUAUGGAACUGGAUUGCUUUGCCCUACAAGCUCUACGCAUUUUCAUUGCCCUUUUUUUGGUUUCCCUCUCUGAGAUUUUGUCCAGCUUGUAUCACUGGCGGAUCCAGAGUCUUAUCUCGGGAGGGGCACUCAUAGAUUAUUUAAAGAAACAAUCCAGGCACAAUAACCACUACAGCUCUCUGUAGUGGUUAUGGUGCCAGGAGUGCAGUGGCGCUCUCCCAGAGUAAAUAGUCAAACUGUUUAAGAACAGUUUGACAAUUUACUUGGGGUCUGCCAGGAUAGGGGCUGUAGUAGGGGAUAGGGCCUCUAGUAGUGUUUGUGAGUGAGAGUAGGCAGUGUGUGUGUAUGGGAAGCACAGCGUGUGUGAGGGAUGCAGGGUGGGUAUGGGAGGCAGUGUGUGAGGGGUGCAGAGUGUGUGUACUGGAAGCAGUGCAUGUGGGACAGUGUGUGUAUGUGUGUAUGGGGUUGCAGUGGGAGCACUGUGUGUAGGAGGGGAAGUGUGUGUUUGUGCAAGGGGUGUAGUGUGUGCAUGGGAAUGCAGUGGAAGCACUGUGUGUAUGGGGCUAGUGUGUGUAUGAGGGUGUAGUGGGGGCAGUGUGUAUGGGAGUGCAGUUGGGGAAGUGUGUGUAUGGGGGUGCAGUAUUUGUGUGGGGGAGCACUGUGUGUAUGUGGGUGCAGUGUGUGUGUGGGGGAGACAUUUGUGGGGUUGGUGUUUGUGUGGGGAGCACUGUGUGUGUGUGUGGUGUGUGUGGGGGAGACAUUUGUGGGGUGCAGUGUUUGUGUGGGGAGCACUGUGUGUGUGGGUGCAGUGUUUGUGUGGGGAGCACUGUGUGGGCGUAGUGUGCGUGGGGGUGCAGUGUUUGUAUGGGGGAGCACUGUGUGUAUGGGGAGAAGUGUGUGUGUGUGUGUGGGAGACGUGUGUGGGGGUGCAGCAUUUGUGUGGGGGUGCAGUGUUUGUGUGGAGGAGCACUGUGUAUAUGGGGGUGUAGUGUGCGUGUGGGGGUGCAGUGUUUGUAUGGGGAGCACUGUGUGUAUGGGGGAGAAGUGUGUGUGAGGGGUGCAGUGUGUAUGGGGGAGAAGUGUGUGUAUGGGGGUGCAGUGGGGGAAGUGUGUGUAUGGAGGAGAAGUGUGUGUAUGGGGGGCUGUGGGGGUACUGUGUGUGUAGUUGGAGGGGGCAGAGUAAAACAAAUGUCUUGUUUUUUUUUAUUAAAAAAAUAUUAUUUAUAUCCCCCCUCCCUUCUUACCUUUGCCUGGGAGGGGGGAUAUUACUUCCAAUCCCUGGUGGUCCGGUAGAAUCCCUGUCAGUUCUAGUGGGGCUAGAGUUCACUAUCACGAGAACAGAGCGUUGUCAUGGUAUUCGCGGCAACGCUCCGUGCUCGCGAGAGGAGACCCGGCGGAGCUGCAGGCUGAGCUUCUCCCAGGUCUCCUCUACCUCUUCUCUCCCUGCUGGCUGCCAGCAACGUGCCUGCGGAUCGGUGAGGGAGAUCUCUGAUCUCCCCUCCGGUCCGUGAAGGCACGUAGCAGGAAAGAGAAUCGGCUCCCCCGUUGCUUCCCCUCACCCCCGGAUCCGCCACUGGCUUGUAUCUUUAUCCUUCCUUCCAUUUUCUAUCUACUCCUCCCGAUUUCUUCUCUUUCUUUCUUCCACCUUCUCCACCUAAUUCUUCUCUCAUUUCUACGCACUAUUUCAGUCAGAUGUCACAGAGCAGUGUUUUGUCGCCCAUGUGCACUAGACUCUCAAAGCUUUCCUAUAGGAAAGUAUUGGAUUGGCUGAGAUCAUUGAUCUUAAUGAUCUCAGCCAUGGAGAUGGAGUGUCUACAAGAAGACCACCUCCAAGGGAGAAAAGCUAAACAUAGCUCCCAACUGCAGCAUCCUGCGAGUCAUGUCAUCAGUAGAAGAUAAAAGGGGCGGACCUGCCCAAAGAGAUGGACCCAUCCAGAAAGGGGACAGGUUAGCCUGGAGUGAAUGCAAUUAUGUAGUCUGGCCCACUGAGGGCAGACCCUGCAGAGAGCACAGUUUCAGUGCUCCCUGCAGGGUCCUAGUGCCCUAAUCAUCACGUGAGUGCUAUGAAUGUUGGGGACUGUUUCCUGGUCUCCUACUUUUGGACAGUGGCUUGAGUGCUUACAGUGGUGGAUUCCAGAGCCCUCCUGGCAUUGUAACCUCUACAGUGAGCUGUUGUUAUGGUGUUUGCAGUUUUUCUUUAAACCAAAGUUUUGAUGUCUGUAUUUUCAAUCUCAUUUCUCAAUAAAACCAGUUUAGAAAAACAUAAAAUUAUUUAAUAUUUUUCUACUAAAAUACAGAAACACAGAGACGACAAAGAACAUAAAGACCACAAAGAACGUAAAGACCAUAAUGAACAUAGAGAAAAGACUUUGCACAAAUCCAGACAUGGUGAGCCUAUAUAUGGAUAUGCCAUGAAAAAUUAGUGUUAUACUUUGUGACCUUCUGUUCUGUAACCUAUUUGUCUUCCUCCCAGUUCUCACAGAGAGCGGGCAGCUGUGUCAUUUCCCAUUUAUUUAUGCUCGGAGGAUAUACAACACUUGUAUAAGAAGAGGCAAUCAAGGGCCUAAAGAAUGGUAAGUCCAUUCAUGUAGUAAAUUAUUUAUAUUAGUAGAUAAGUUUUAUGUAUGUUACUAUUCAAUGAACACUGCAUAUAAUAAACACAUAUUGGGAAUCAAUGAAGAGAUGUGUUUUCAAAAGCUAUUCAAAUUUGUAAUGCAUAACUACUCCGCACCUCAACCCCACCCUCCACCGCCCCAAAAAAUAGAACUUUCUUCAAUAGUAGAAAAGUAAAACCCACAUUUAAAAGGAAUAUAAAGUAUUGGUUUACUGGGUUAAAACAGCUGCAACAGAUUGUUCCUUCUCCAACACAACUCAACAAUUCCACUCCAUCACAUGUUUUGGGGAUUAAAGGGACACGCCGGAUCCCUGAAGCACUUUAGCUUACUGAAAUGCUUUAUGUGAGGGGAGUGUUUCCUCUGGUUUUCAUUUGACAAAAAAAUGCAGGGUUCAAUAGAAAUUGGCACUUUUAUAACCUUGUUACAACCCCUUGGUUGUCAGUUAGACAACCGGUCCUGUCAUGGUUGUUUAGCUCAUUGGAACUAAACUCAAGAGUCAGCAAUUGCCCAGAGAACCUGCCGUGCAAAUACUACUCGACGAGUCGCAUUGGGACAUCUGUGAUUGGACAGCCACAGAAAAUCUUGGCUUGUUUAGAAGGGAAGAGUUAGCAAAGGCUAAAUACAAGAAAACUGUAGCCUUUGCUGGCUGUUUUAAGAUAUACCCCCUGAAAAAAUGCAUAAUUAAAGGAACAUGUAUUUUCAUUCGGGUUAUAUCACCUAAACAGGGGGGUUUAUUUUGUAUGUGUUCAGUGGUGUCCUUUUAAAAAGAUAGGGAUAUGAUAUCAUAUUCCCAUACCUCCCAAUUCCAGUGUCCUGUGAAUGGGGACACCAGUGGGAGGUAAAGGAAGCAGGCUAGUCACUCACUCUGCACUCAAAGGUUGACAGACCCACAUGGAAAGGGGGCAGGUUUACUGGAGUUCAUGGCUAGUCAGCUUGGUGUGAAUGUACGCCAGACUGCCUGUCUGUUAUACAGGCUGAUCCACAGCACUGUUAAUUUCGGCGACUAACAAUUUUCGUGAGACCUAGUCGACUACAAGUUUUGAGAUUUAGUCAACAAAAAAGAAAAAAAAAAUCAGAUGACUAAAAUGCAACUAAAACUUAAAUGGCUUUUUAGUCAAAAGACUAUGACUAAAACUAAAUUGAAAUUUUCUGCCAAAAUUAGCACUGGCGGGUUAGACACAUAGGGGUGGGAGGAGAGGAAAUGAGACACAAUAGUAGAGACAAACAAAUGGGGCUGUGGAGAGAAAAAGACACACGUGAAGGCAAAGAGCCACAGAGUAGCUGGGGAAGGGGCAAAAGAGACAGACAGGGCUUAGGAGAGAGACACCCAGAGGGGCUGGGGACACACAAAAAAACACAGAGGGGCUUGGGUAGGGGCAAAAGAGACAGAUGGAGGCUUCAACUAAAUCGUGUCGACUAAAACCUAUGAGAGAUUCAGUCAACUAAAACAAUACUAAAACUAAAACAAAUCAGACUAAAAUACGACUAAAACGGCUUUUUUGUCAAAAGACUAUGACUAAAAAUAAUAGAACAUUUCUGUCAAAAUUAACAAUGAUCCGCUGAGGGCAGAUCCAGACACAGUUUCAGUGCUUCAUGCAAGGUCCUAGUACCCUAAACAUAGCAGAAGUUCAUCUUAUGAUGCUCUUGUGCUAUGAUUGUUGGUGACAGUGGGACAGGACAUUAAAAUUGGGACUGUCCCGCCAAAAUUGGGGAAGUUGGAAGGCAUGCAUUUCUGCCUGCUCUUUCACACACUGCACUGUGUAGACAUGAGUGAUGAGAUUUAUACUAAAGAAGCACAGUAUGUAUUUUCAUCAAAAACAGUAAGUAUAUUUGUUGACUACGGAGAGUGAAAGUCCUUUCUGAUAUUAUUCAUCUUUUAUUUGAAAUGAGUGGUAAGAUCUUACAAUGCAUAAAUACCAGACUGGAUUUACAUCUCAGGUGCCUAUAGGCAGUUAAUUUUGCAGGAUCACCCCCAAACACCCUCCCCAAAAAAGCAAACUGUUAUGGACAGAAUGUGAAUAUGUGAAUCCCAUGUCCAGGGCUUGAAUGUUGUGUGCAGAGCUGAAAUGCAGUUUGUAACUGUAAAUCAUCCACUGGUAUAGGCACUCAAGCUAAAAUUAAAAUAGGAACUUUGUAAUCACAAGGUAGGAACCCCUGAUAAAGAGGCCCAUGUAGGCAACUGCUUUCUGGGGAAUUCAGCCUAAACAAAUGGAAUGGUAAAGAUUCAGUUGGAUGAAGUUGAACCGUGUGAAUAUUUUUAAUGGUACCAUGUAUUUUUUGCACACUGGGAAAAUUUUAGUAAAGACAGUUUUCUUUUGCUAUAGAAAUAUGCUUCGAAGCAUUUAGAAGAAAAAGUCAAAAUUAGAAGGACAUAUUUUAGAUAAUAUGGCUAUUGAUAAAGGUUUUUUCUUUGCAUUUCCAUGUAUGCUAGUUUAGUUGGUUGGUAGAGUACAGAUGGCUGGAUGUUUGUACAUGAAGACUAGGUGGGAAGUGAUGGCCAAAUUGAGAAAAUGAAAUAUUAAACCUCCUGUUUAUUUAUUUUUAUUAUUAUUAUUUUUUUUAUUUGUAUUUUAUUGUAGCAUAAAGGUAUACCUACCGAUUUAAAAGCAUAGCAUGCUACAUAAUAAGUGCAUUCAAAAAUAGUAAUAGACAGCAGCAGCUGACACAAUACAGUAGUGAGUACAGCACAGUCUAACUGCCAAGAUAUAGGACAUUAUCAGAUGAUGAGUAGUAUGAUGAGUAGUGUAAACGCUGAAACAUUCUGCUUCAAAUAGGAGGGUAUGAGUCUUGAAAGAGAGAGCAUUUAUGUAACAAUACUUUGAUGCAAUAAGAGACAACGAAUAUAACAAAAGAAAUCAAUAAUUAUAAAAUCUGCGUGAUUAGGGUUAUGUCAUCUCCAAUGGGGAUAAACAAAACAGUGGUAACUGUUAUUAAAAGGAAAGUCCAUGUGCUAUCCUUAGGAAUGUUAUCUUAGGAAUGUUGCUCAGGUGCCAGCUGGGUUUGGCUCUGCUGCUGAUGAUCUGGGUUUCGGGAAAAAGGUUGGGUAUUGCUCACCCACACUUGGGCCAAGUGUUGGUUGUUUGUCUAGCAGAGGCAGUCCCAUUGCCCUGAAGAACGUCCCCGUGUCUGACUGGUGCAGUAAUUGGAUUCGCUUCCCAUCGUGGAGCACUGAUAGUUUGUGACCAGUACCCCAACAGUAUGCCCCUUUAUGUUCCCUUAAGUGCUGUGUGACAGGGAGGAGUCAGGUCAUUGAAGAAGGAGAGAUCAACUCCUUCAAAGUGGUAUGUGUGUGUGUCACGGACAGCUGCCUGUACAAGUUGCUUGCUCCUUACCGACUGCAAACAGAGCAGUAAGUCUCUAGGGACCCCGGCUGGGGCUCUACACCCAGUUCCAAAUUAUUAUGCAAAUUAUAUUUUUCUCAUUUACCUAAAUAAUUGAUGUAAAUAACAGUCGGCAUAAUUCUCAUGUUAUCAGAUUGUAAAAGUACAAUUCAAAUUUUAUUGAACAAACCUCCUAAUGAUAACAGUAUUGUUUUAAACAUAAAAAACUUACAAUGCACUGUUCCAAAUUAUUACGCACAGUAAGUUUCAAAACACUUUAUAGGUUGUAAAGAACUGAAAAUUGUCAUUUGUUGUGUUUGCAGCAUAUUUACUGAAAUCAAAAGCUAUUUCAAUCAAACUUAUAACAACAUUUUAACUUUUUAACAGGUCACGUUACAUUUUAACAUAGGACCCCUUAUUUGAUAGCAGCUUCACAAGUCUUGCCUCCAUUGAACUUGUGAGUUUUUGGACAGUUUCUGCUUGAAGUUGUUUGCAAGAUGUCAGAAUAGCCUCCCAGAGUUGCUGUUUGGAUGUAAACUGCCUCCCACACUCAUAGAUCUUUUGCUUGAGGAUGCUCCAAAGGUUCUCAAUAGGAUUGAGGUCAGGGGGGGAUGGAGGCCACACCAUGACUUUCUCUCCUUUUAUCCCCAUAGCAGCCAUUGAUGCAGAGAUAUUCUUUGUCAUGCAUGAAGAUGAUUUUAUUAUGGAAAGCAUAGUUCUUCCUUCUGUACCAGGGUAGAAAGUGGUCAGUCAGAAACUCCACAUACUUUGCAGAGAUCAUCUUUACACCUUCGGGGACCCUAAAGGGGCCUACCAGCUCUCUUCCCAUGAUUCCGGCCCAAAACAUGACUCCACCACCACCUUGCUGACGUCACAGCCUUGUUGGAACAGGGUGGCCGUCCACCAACCAACCACUACUCCAUCCAUCUGGACCAUCUAGGGUUGCACGGCACUCAUCAGUGAACAGGACUGUUUGAAAAUCAGUCUUCAUGUAUUUUUCUGCCCAAUGCAGCUGCUUGUGAGCAUUGGUUUUCUGCUUGUGAGCAUUGGUUAGUGGUGGCCGAAUAGAAGGUUUAUGCACAGUUGCAGUUGCAAGACUCUGGAGGACUCUACACCUUGAUGUCCGUGGGACUCCAGAGGCACCAGCAGCUUCAAAUAUCUGUUUGCUGCUAUGUAAUGGUAUUUUAGCAGCUGCUCUCUUGAUCCGAUGCAUGGAUCUGGCAGAAAUCUUCCUCAAUGUGCCUUUAUCUGCACGAACCCGUCUGUGCUCUGAAUCAGCCACAAAUCUCUUAAUAGUAAGAUGAUCACACUUAAGUUUUCGAGAAAUAUCUAAUGUUUCCAUACCUCGUCCAAGGCAUUGAACUAUUUCACUCUUUUCGGCAGCAGAGAGAUCCUUUUUCCUCCCCAUAUUGCAUGAAAACGGUGCUCUGCUUAAUAAUGUGGAACACCCUCCUUUAGUAGUUUUUCCUUAAAUUGGGCUCAUCUGGCAAUCUAAUUAUCACAGGUGUCCGAGAUUGUUUUCAGUGAUCAAAAGAGCCCUGAGACACAAUGCCAUUCAUGAGUUAAACUGAAAAACAAAAUAUUUAAUCUUUGUGACACUUAAAUAGAAUUUGCAUAAUAAUUUGGAACAGGGUGUAGCUGACUUGGGAAUCCAAAUAUAAUUCUCCCGUGAGAUAGCUUUAGCUUUGAAUGGCGAUAGGAUGGAGCUCAGUAGGCUUCGGGUGUAUUGAGGGUCUUCGGUGUCUGUGAUGUCCUCAGGGACACUCCGAAACCUGAGGUUACGCUGUCGCUUGGAGUCUUCAAGCACUGCAAUUCUACCUUCCAUGAGGAGGUUUGCUUGCUUGAGCUUGUCCAUCUGGGAAUCCUGUUCAUCCUGUCUGCCUUUUGUAAUUUCACCAUAGUCUUCCAGUGCCUGCAAUCUAGCUGUUAUGGCCCCCAUGUUCUCCCAGACUAAUGUGAUGUCUGAUGCAAAUAGGGCUUUCAUCUCCUCCAGCAGGUUUUGAAUAUCGGCCUUGCUUGCAGGCGUUUGCUCCAGACUGAGGCUGGUUCUUGCCCGGCGAUCCACAGGUAGGUGCUGUGGCUGAGGAUCAGUGUUUGCCCCUGUUACACUGUGUGAUGGGGAAGGAGUAUUCUUCCACUUCGCUCUCCUCCAAUGCAAUGUCGGAGUCUUCACUCACAGGAGCAAUUUUAGUAGGCCCCGGUUAUGUAGUCACUCUGAGCAAAGUGCCAAUAUAUUUUAAAAGAGGAGGCUAUGUCGCUUCUCCAGAGUUAAGCAUUUUUCCCCAUAGUGCCUGGACGUCUUUUGGGAGAAUAUCGUCCAAUUUCACCAGUUUUAUGCCGUUGUAACUCAAUGCUCUCACGGGAGCUCUUAGCAUGUGCGUCUGCUUCACUUGGUAGCUAGCGAAAAUCCUAAACCUCCUGUUUAUUAUACAACAGGAGUGGAAGAAAAUUAUGUCCAAUGAAUUCAUGUUAAGUGUUAGAAAUAUAAGGUGGUGUUAUAGCUUUUUAUGGAAAGAUGAAGGGGGCAUGGUCCAGGGCAUUGAGAUGUUUGGAGGAGCAGGAAAUAUGUCACCAGAUUAAAGGACCAUGUGAUGGAUGGCCUGAUUUGUUUGGUGCAAGCCACAAGCUCGCUGCGCCAUUUUUGUGACAGUUUUCCAUGUAUCUUGAUAUCGCUGUAUUGUGUACCUGUAUUAUACAUGGAGCAGUGUGUGUGUCUGUAUAUGCAGCUGUGGGUCAACAAAGGGGGGCAGCUACUUCCGACCAGAUUACGCAGACUUCAGGGAACAAGAUCAAUAUCUGGGACAAGUCCCGUUUGACCAUGUCCACCAAGCUCCCGACCAGCACGGUCCCCAAGUCAUUACCCACCAGAUGGAUGACCAAAACAGAGGGCGUCCCUAGCAAGUGAGAGAGCCUGACCAAUUCCAGGAGGAGCAGGACCCACCUCAUGCCCCUGGCACCGAACCACCGCAUUCGAAGGUGUAAAGCUGAGAAGCUCCCCGCCCGGCCGGGCCGCCGCAUCCUGCCAUGCCCAGUAGAUAUAUGAGUGCCGGAUCAACCGGACCCUGCGGGGAACCGAACCUAAGGAAGCAAAACAUUUAGCUUAGUAGACUGGUGGGACGCACAUAUGAAACAAACCUCCUAGAGUCCCACUUCCCUGUCCUCUGCACCUCUUGAUCCAGCAAACCCAGCCCUCCAAGCCUCCGCUGCAGCGCCAAUCCGGAAAGAGUGCCCACCAAACUCCCCACCCUCCAAACCCAACGCAGCCAACCCUAAACAAAAAACGUGUACAAAUUGAAAAUGGGAGAGGAAACUUCCAUCCUCUUGCACCAGUAGUGGGCCAGAGAGCCCAGGGCGAACCCCGCAGAAAUUCCUAAACACCAAGACCAACAGGUGGCCAACCCAGGGACCACAGCCAGCCUAACCCACUUACCCUUCCUGAACACAUCAUUCUUGGAGCGUCAAAUCUUAAAGUACACUAGGUCCUGCCCUUCCAGAACAUCAGAAGAAAGGAUCCCCCCACCGGCCAACCUGCUCGGACACACCAACUCCCCAAUACUCAAGGCCCCAGAGAAUGCGAAUGAAAAGGCGAGGCGAAACAGCUACACCUCAAAAUCCGAGAAACAUAACAUAACUGCGCCAGGAGUGCACCCGACACUGGCCUCCUCGAAUCUACAGCAAUGCGACCCCUGUGCAGCCCCUUAACUGCUUGCCGCCCCAGAAACUCCUUGGUCACAUCCCCCCAACCAGUGGUGUCGCAAGGGGGGCCCCCCCUACAUCAUGCUGUGCCCCCCUUGGGCCCCCCCAAAUGCCGGCAACUUGCUGGCAAUGUGUUUAAAUGAUAUUCCCUCGGGCUGUAAGCCACGCCCUCGCCGUUAAGCACCCGAGCGAGUGUGACAGCCCGGGGGAGGGAAUGCAGGGCAGAGCAGCUCAGCUGGAAUGGUGCAGGUCCCGUCCCCAAACCAAGCCCCGCCUCCAGCACAUAAGCCCCACCCCCGCCGUUAAGCAGCCGAGCAUGCUGCUGCUGGAAAGGAUGGAAGAUGGCUGUCUGACUCCCAGCAACAGCCUCCAGUGACAGGUAGGCUUGGUGUGUGUGUGUGUGUGUGUCUGCUAGUGAGGAAGCUUGUGUGUGUGUCUGUGUGUAUGGACUCAGCAGUCUGUGUGUGGGCUCAGCAGUUUGUGUGUGUAUGGACUCAGCAGUCUGUAUAUGUAUGGACUCAGCAGUCUGUGUGUGUGUGUGUAUGAACUCAGCAGUCUGUGUGUGUGCGUGUGUGUGUGUGUGUAUGAACUCAGCAGUCUGUGUGUGUGUCUGUUUGUAUGGACUCAGCAGUGUGUGUGUGUGACUCAGCAGUCUGUGUGUGUAUGGACUCAGCAGUCUGUGUGUGUAUGGACUCAGCAGUCUGUGUGUGUGUGUGUGUGUGUAUGAACUCAGCAGUCUGUGUGUGUGUGUAUGAACUCAGCAGUCUGUGUGUGUAUGGACUCAGCUGUCUGUGUGUGUAUGGACUCAGCAGUCUGUGUGUGUAUGGAAUCAGCAGUCUCUGUGUGUGUAUGGACUCAGCAGUCUGUGUGUUUGUGUGUAUGAACUCAGCAGUCUGUGUGUGUGUGUAUGAACUCAGCAGUCUGUGUUUGUGUGUGUGUGUGUAUGAACUCAGCCGUCUGUGUGUGUGGACUCAGCAGUCUGUGUGUGUAUGAACUCAGCAGUCUGUGUGUGUGUAUGGACUCAGCAGUCUGUGUGUGUGUGUGUGGACUCAGCAGUCUGUGUGUGUGUGCAUGGACUCAGCAGUCUGUGUGUGCGUGUAUGAACUCAGCAGUCUGUGUGUGUUUGUAUGGACUCAGCAGUCUGUGUGUGUAUAUGUGUAUGAACUCAGCAGUCUGUGUGUGUGUGUAUGGACUCAGCAAUCUGUGUGUGUGUGUGUAUGGACUCAGCAGUCUGUGUGUGUGUGUAUGGACUCAGCAGUCUGUGUUUAUGUAUCUGUGUGCGUGUAUGGACUCAGCAGUCUGUGUGUGUUUAUGUGUGUGUAUGGACUCAGCAGUCUGUGUGUGGACUCAGCAGUGUGUGUUUGUGUGUGUGUGUGGACUCAGCAGUCUGUGUGUGUGUAUGAACUCUCAGCAAUCUCUGUGUGUGUAUGAACUCAGCAGUCUGUGUGUGUAUAUGGACUCAGCAGUCUGUGUGUGUGUGUAUGGACUCAGCAGUCUGUGUUUAUGUAUCUGUGUGCGUGUAUGGACUCAGCAGUCUGUGUGUGUAUGGACUCAGCAAUCUGUGUGUGUGUGUCUGUGUGUGUAUAUGGACUCAGCAGUCUGUGUGUGUAUGGACUCAGCAGUCUUGUGUGUGUGUGUGUAUGAACUCAGCAGUCUGUGUGUGUGUGUGUAUGGACUCAGCAGUCUGUGUUUGUGUGUCUGUGUGUGUAUGGACUCAGCAGUCUGUGUGUGUAUGGACUCAGCAGUCUUGUGUGUGUGUGUGUAUGAACUCAGCAGUCUGUGUGUGUGUGUGUGUAUGGACUCAGCAGUCUGUGUUUGUGUGUCUGUGUGUGUAUGGACUCAGCAGUCUGUGUGUGUCUAUGUGUGUGUAUGAACUCAGCAGUCUGUGUGUGUGUGUGUGUAUGGACUCAGCCGUCUAUAUGUGUAUAUGGACUCAGCAGUGUGUGUGUAUGGACUCAGCAGUCUGUGUGUAAGUGUAUAAAUCAGCCUGUGUGCAUUCAGCAACGCCUGUGUGCAUUCAGAAAUCUGUGUGUGUAUUCAGCAGUCUCUCAGGUUUAGUAUUCAGUGUACUGUGUGUAUGUACUCAGCAGUCUAUCAAUAAUAAAAAUUUGUAUUCCUGUGAGUUGUUGUGUAGGAAGGGCCCCAGUGCACUGCUUUGCCCGGGGCCCUUAACACUUUUAAGAUGGUACUGCUUGUGUGUGUCAGUGAGCUUCUAUUUAGUGAGCAUGUGUGUGUCAGUGAACUUGUCUUUAGUGAGCUUGUGUGUGUCCCUGAACUUCUUUAUAGUGAGCCUUGUAUUUAUACAAGUGAGUUUGUCUGUAGUAAACUUGUCAGUGAGCCUAUUUGCGCAUGUCAUUAAGCUUGUGUGCUCACUGUACAAUAUAUAUAUAUAUAUAUAUAUAUAUAUAUAUAUAUAUAUAUAUUGACUUGUAGGAAUGGCAUACAUUUUUUUCCAGGGCUGCUUUGGAUUCCCAGUUUGGCUCUGCCAGCGAGUGCGCUUUACCGCUGAAUCAUCCGUGUGAGCUUCCGCACACUUUAGCCCUGUUACACGCGUCUGGGAGCUGCUGUUGACAGGUACUAGUAGUCUAGAGAUUGGGACAUGGGGUAUAUGCUCAGCUAUCUGUAUAAUACUAUAGUGCUGUUCUCUGUAUAAUACAGAUCUGUGUGUGUAUAAUAUCCCGGGAUAGUCAGUGCUCCCUGUAUAGUGCUGCUCUUUGUAUAAUACAGGUCUGUGUUUGUAUAAUAUCCUGGAACAGUCAUUGUUCCCUGUAUAGUGCUGCUCUCUGUCUUAGGAUAAUAUUCACAAACAGACCUGUAUUAUACAGAAAGCAGCACUAUACAGGGAGCACCGACUGUCCCAAUUUAUUAUACAUACAACCCUGUAUUAUACAGAGAGCACUGACUGUCCAGGGAUAUUAUACACAGACAGUAAUUGAUAGCUGUGCUGCAAAAUGUCCUUGGAUUUUUUUUUCAAAUGUUGGCAACUAUGGCACUGUAUCAAGGGAAAUGUGUUUUUUUUUCACAUUCACAAUUUUUAUUGAAUUUUGAUAAAACAAAGGGAUGUGGGAUACAAAACAGAAAAAGGGAGGGGGAGGGUAAUGGGUAACAUCAUAAGACCAAUUAAUAUUUUGUACAAUAUCAUUUUAUUGCAUAGUAUGUUUACUGUACGUGAUGAUGGCGAGGUCUCGUGUGAAAGUAACUGGGUGAUCCCUCUCUCAACAAAUAGUGAGUUCGGUAAUAGAGGUUGGGUAUUGGCGGAGGGAGGGGGGUAGGGUGGGUGACCAGCGGUUUACAACAUUUCCUGUCAAUCUAUAAUAUUUUACGUGUAACAUUGUACGUGCGUCAUCGUAUGUGGUGUCACCUAGUUGUCUUGUGGGUGUAGUACGACAUGUGUGUGGUAUCCUGUGUAUCACCUCUUUAUGUGUGUGCGAGUAUGUGUACCUAUGGUUUGGAGUGGGGGGUACUGCUUGGUCUUCCCAAGUGGUUUUUGUCGGUCGUCACUAUGUGGUGUAUAUGUCGACCCACGAUUCCCAGGCCUCUUGAUAUUUUUGUGAUUGUUUAGUGGAAGUAGUGGACAUUCGUUCAUAAAUAUGGUAUUGGUGGAUUUUGUCCAUUAGUUGUUGUCUGGUGGGGCAGGUGGUCUGUUUCCACCCGUUCGCUAUGAGGUUUCUAGCUGCUAGUAUGAUUAUCAUCACCACUUGCUUACGGGGUUUGGUCAUGGAGGUGGGAAGGAGCAGAAAUAAGCAGACUAAGGGGUCGAGAGUGAUAUUAUUGAUAUUUAACGACUUGAGGAUGCCUUUACCAUGGCCCCAGAGGGGUGCCAAGACUGGGCAUUCCCACCAGAUGUGAAUCAUUGUGCCUUUUGCUUCUCUACAUCUCCAGCAUUCUGCUGGAACUGUUGGGUAGAUCAUGUGUAGUUUGCUAGGUGUUAAGUACCAUCUAUAGACCAGCUUCCUAUGAGCUUCUAUGUGUGAGUAGCAAUUGGUGAUACCUUUGAGUGUAUUGAGGGAUUGUAACCAGUCAUUACCAGAUGGCGAGGAUGUGUAUUCUGUUUGCCAUUGUUGUACAUAGGUAGGGGUUUUUGUGUCAGUGUUGCUCAACAGUAUGUUAUAACAAAGAGACAAUGUCUUGGGUUUUGUGGGUGAGAGCCAGCAGCGAUCAUAUACAGGGUACAAUGGGUGGGGGUCAGAGAGUGCUAUAUCAGAUUUUGUGAGUAUUUUGUAGGUGGCAAUGCUUUUUAGUUGGAGGUACUGAAAGAUGGAGGAGUUAGGUAGCUCGUAUUUUUGCUGGAGGUCAGGGAAAGACAUGAGCUGUUGGGUUUGGUACGUGUCUGCUAUGUGUUUAAUGCCAUGCUUUUCCCAGGAAUUCAUCGUCAACCCCGAGGCCAAGAAGUUCAGGGCUGUUAUUGGGGCUCGUGGAUGGAACUUGUUAAUUUUUUUUUGUGUGUGGUGUAAGGAUUCCCAUUGUUUAAUAGUAAGAACCGAGGUAUUGAACAAGUGAGGCGUGCUUGGUCUAAUUUGUGCAGGUGCCAAUAAUAUCGUUACCAGGGAGUUUUUCAUUGUUGGGUGUGCGUUUUGCAUAGAGGUAUUAGCGGUUUAAAGUUCAGGUCAAAUGCGUCUGUGGGGGAAGGGCCAAGUUUUACUCCUAGGUAGGUGAUGUCGGUAGUUCUCCAGUCAAAGGUGUGGGAUUGUUUAAGCUGUGUUUUCAAUGAGCUUGGUAGGUUUAUUGGGAGAGCUUGUGUCUUGCCUUGAUUAAGCUUGUAGUAGGAUAGUUGAAAUGUGUUUGUUUUUUUAAUAAUCCCUGGUGGAAAAUAAUGAAUCCUCCACCAUGGAUUAUAAAAAAAAAAAAACAUUCUGUCGGGGGCGGGGCUUAACAUGCGGCAGGGGCGGUGAGUGGGGCGGACAGCCGCUGCCCCACUAUCCUGCACCACAGUACCCAGCUUGAGGCACAAUUCCAGGUGGAUCCGGACCUGUUCCCCCCCCUACUUUUGUCCCUGGCCCACCAUGUGCCCCCCCUAAAAAUUAAUCCUAGAGAUGCCACUGCCCCCAACCCUGCAUUUUAAACAGAAAACUCAGCCUGGACAAGCACGAGGACACCGCCGAAGGCGACAUGCCCGCAGAAACCCAACUCUCCAAGGGCCGCAACAGACUUUGCAAUAGAGUGGGCGUAGCCUGAAAGACCCCUACCUCUGAUUCCAGCUCGUGCCAUUCCACCCAUACCUACGAUUAUCUGGCCCAAGUGGAACUAGACACCGACCCACGAACCAGGUCCAUCAGCCUGCCGAACUCAGGAACCACAGCUCCACCGGACACGGGCCACCUUUCUCGUCCCCGUAUGGCACAGCCGCUCGGAACUCCACCCACUGUGAACGAGAGAGAGCAUCUGCAAUCACAUUAUGAACCCCAGGAACAUGCAGCACCCUACAUGACACAUUAAGGCACAGGCACCGUAACACUGAGCGCCGAAGCAAACGUAUCACCAGCGGAGAAGAGGCAGAGAGCUGGUUAAUCUAUUGCACAACCCCCAGGUUAUCACAAUGAAAAAUGACCCACCAGUCCCUCAAGUCCAAACCCCAUAACUCCAAUGCCACCACAAUGGGGAAAAGCUCAAGGAAGGCAAGAUUCCAAGUCAGGCCAGAGGCACACCAUGCCUCCGGCCAACUGUCAGCGCACCAGCGCGACCCUAAGAUUGCCCCAAAGCCAACAGAACCCGCAGUGUCCGUAUAGAGGUGAAGAUCCGAACUGGACACCUCUGGCACCUGCCAGUAAGACCUCCCAUUAUAAUCAGCCAGGAAAGAAUCCCAGACAUCCAGGUCGUCCCGCAACUGCCGCGUGAUCCGAAUAAAAUGCUGAGGCCUCGCCAUCUUAGUGGUCGCGGCCGCCAGGCACCUGCUGAAAAUCCACCCCAUCGGCAUAAUACGACAUGCGAAGUUCAACUUCCCCAACAUAGACUGCAGCUGGCACAACUGCAUUUUCUGCAAGCCCCAGGCCACCGCCAUUUCCCAGCGCAGCCCUUCCACUUUAUUCUGAGGCAAACGGCACUCCAUGGCCACCAUAUGCCCAAGAAGCUAAGGCACGUCACCAGCCCCACCGUCUUAUCAUGCGCUAGGGGAGCCCCGAAGUGCCCAAACACCCUUUCCACUGUGUCAAGCAAGAUCCGACAAGCUGAAAAACCAUGCCUUAUCACCUUUAAACCGACCACCAGCAGACUGCUGGACCUUGGGAGAGGCUGGCUCAUCGAGCUUCAGUCCCUGGGAGGAGAUGGCCACACUUCCACAAGCAGGGCCUUCUCCGGCGGUGAGUGGGGCAGACGGCCUCUGCCCCACUAUCCUGCACCACAGUACCCAGCUUGAGGCACAAAUCCAGGUGGAUCCGGACCUGUUCCCCCCCCUUGGACCGGUGGGGGUGAUCCUGGUCCUCACCCUGUGGCCCUACUUAAGAGAACGCAAAUGGAGUCGGGGGACCCGAGAGCAGCCUCCAAGAUGGCGCGCGAUGUGCGCGGGAGGCAGGUGGAAGAUCUGCGCCAUCUUCGUGUUCGCAGCAGACAACGGGGCUCCAACACCCCAACCCUCCAACAGAGAGGGGCUGACAACCCACUGCCUACCCUCGCAUCCACACAUGCCGAAGUCGAGCGGUACAAGCGACAGCGGCAAGCGGAUCAUGGCGACCGCACUAGGGGGAAGGGAUGUGGCACCACUACCACUCCAGCCCUGGAAAUCAGAGCCUGAAACAAAGAGAGCAACCUCCACACGAGGACCCACCUCACACUCACCUGCCGCCCAGCUCGCAUCACCGCAACCCAGAUAAUGGCAAACUCAGGCGAUUACAACUGAGCUACCACCCAGGCCUGACACCAGCCCUCAGAAGAUUGACAGAAGCAAGUUUCAUAACAGGCGGCGGCCAUUUAAGAACACUCAGCGAAGACCCCACAGAACAACAUGGACUAUGCCUGGAUACCUGCUCUGACGGACGCUCGUUCCCUGCUACACAGCACUAGCAGAGCAGGUAUCGGUUAAACGGAGAACUCCCCCCCCCCCUGUCUGUGUGGGCUCGGGACCACCCUGAAGCCAGCCUUCAUCACGGAGAAAACCUGGGUAACCCCUCUGAUACACCAGGGUGCCAGAACUCUUAUGGCGACCUACUUGAAUCACACAAGCAAAUUAUUUAGCAUUCUGUCUUGUGUGUUAACCUAAUGUACACGCAGUCUACACGGCACUUACAAGCACACACUCACAUAGAUAUCGCUGCCCUACAAGCAACGCACAAACCAGAACACCACAACCACACAGCAGCAUGUCAUACAAAGCCAAACGUACCCAACCAAGUGAGAACCUAUAUGACUGUAACUGAUUAUAGGCACUAUGAAGGAGUGUCAAAGAUUGAUUAAAAGAAGUCGAGUAGGUUUGGUAACAUGCUGAGAUAUUUUUAUUUAUUUAUUUUUAAAUUUUUGUUGUGCAUGUGGGAACAAAGCAUUUUCAGAUGCCACAAUAGCAUAUACAUAUAUAAUCUCAUAUAAUCAAGUUAAACAGUGGCAUAUUAAAAUUGCCCAUUUUUGUUUUAUGGGCUCGCUUAACAUUGCUAGUACAAUUCUAAGAGUAGUAUUAAUAGAUAAGACAUUGUGUAUUCAUAUGAUGGUAGAGUAGGUUAUAUCUUAUGAUGAGUAACGCAGUGUGACAUAGGCAUAAGUGGUACAUUAGCUUAGAUCACGCCAAAAUAACUAGUUCGGAGCAGACUGCUAGACAUGUUAACUGGGUGUACCUUAACGGGUGAUGUGAGUUCUAACUGACCAACAAACCUCUGGUCGCCUAGUGUAGCAUAUAUGCAUUAGGGGGGUGGGGCAUGUCCGCAGUUGUGUCCAGCCUGUAAGGCUCUCUGGUGUAGACUGUAUGAUGUUUCCGAUGUGUUGGGUAUGUAACAACCCGCUAUGGGCAUAUGUGCAGGCUGACUGACUGCAGGUUUAACCCCUGGUUUGCUGCCUGUAAGCAUAGGUUUAUGCAGGCAACAAAAUGAGACUUAAACAGAAAAGUAACGAAACACAAAAUUAAUGAUGGUGUUUGACUAUAACCUGACAAGCUAUAGGGUAGCACAAGUCCUUUGGUAUGUACACGUGUACCGCGCUCGGGGACAUGUGGCACUGUCAGCCAAUGCCUCGGCUUGGUAUGGUCGCGUGGCCCCUGGAUGCAUCCGGAUGCAUCCGGGUAUGAAAGACUUACUUGGCCCCAACAGCCUUUACAGGUCUAAGGCAUCACAUAUGUAACAUUGUCAUAGCUUUGAUAAACUUGCACAUUUUUAGUACAAUAAGGUUAAGGCAAGCUAGAUAUAGGGUGCUCAGGUACAUUAAAGAUUCAAAACAUGUGCUGUUGAUGAAGUCCACUGGAGCUCUGCGAGGUCAGUGACGCAGACCUCUCAGCCCGGCAUCAUACGACCGUUUGAGCAGAGACGCAGACCCGUCUGUUUAAUCUUCUGGCCGCUCGGAGUGGAGUGGUAGCUGAAUCACAGCAUGAGGGUAGGUCUGGAAGGUGCCACUUCUCCUGCCCUAGACAUUGCACGUGCAAGCGUCCUGCUCCCUCACUUCUGGCUCUACGAGAGGUCAUUGACAGGGUUCCUGGUAAAGGGGGUUUGGUUUGAGAAGUUUCCUCUGGGUGCUCGAGCCCCGUGAGGGCUUCAUUUUCCGGUGUGCAGGCUGGAGCAGCCAAGAGUAACUGCUGGCAGCUAGUGUGCUUGCAGAUCCUGAAUGAGAGGUGUGAUCGGUAUGUGUCGGUGUUAUCUCUGCUGCGUCCGUGCUCAGCGUAGGCUGCGGUGCUGCCAUUUUGUAUACUGGGCGCGGGAAUCCGGGUGUUGAAUAAGCUGGCCUGGAGGACCGCGUAGCAUUGGAUCCCUCCAGUGGAGGCCAGGAUAACCCCCCCGGCCCAUGGGGGAAAUGGGACCAGCAAGCGUUAAAGUCGGCUUGUGGCAGUUGGAAAGGGAGGCAGGAUGGCGGCCGUCCACCCCGCUUUCCUCCCAAGUAGGCCGCAGCCUCUGAAGCUUUGUGCUUCCCACAGGGGGUCCAAAACUCCCGAUCUCAGGGCCGCUACCUCUCCCACUGCUGUGUAGGUAUCUCUUGGGCUCAUUUUGAGUGCACAAGACGUGGAUUGUAGCUUAAGAGGCCAGAUUCCUCCGGAGCCUCUCCUCCAUGCGACCGGGCAGCAUGGCGGUCCAGCCCCGCCUCCCUCCAUGCUGAGAUAUUUAUCACCCGGGUGGCCCCCCGCUAAAGUAAGCACUAAUAAAUGCACAGUUCGUAAGUAAUGGGAAUGCAUAGUAUUAAUCGAAGAUCUGCUCAGAAACAAAAAGGAUAAUAGACAUAAAUAUUGCUUGGUAUGUAAGCCUUGUAAUGAAUGACAGGAAGUUAGCAUGAGUCAGCCGAUGCCUUCCACUUACAUUGUAUAGUCCUGCUUCGGUUUUACUGCUAGCAUUGUUAGGUGCGACAUCCAGAUGGUGUGGUGGAAAGGGCUUGAUGAGGGCAGCAAUUUCCCAAGGAGUGUGCUGGCUUUCCCAGUAGAUGCAGGUUGAAGACUCCUAGGUGUGCCAUGCACCACAACACCGCCACCAGGGUGUUCCCGAUGCCUCCCUCCCACUCUGGCUUGCCUCAGGACUGGAGCCAUGGUUGUUCAGUGGGAGCUGGCUGGUAAGUCCUGGGGUAGGUGGUCUAUCCGCUCACCACUAGAAAGCAAGUUGAAGUGUUGGAUUAGGUUAUCCCAAAAAGCUGCAUAAACCAUGCUGUUUGAGGAGGGAAAGUCAGCAAGACAUACAGGAACCGCCAUUUUAGGUAGGGCCUCUCUGUCACACAGUGUCUUCAGCGGCUCAGAGUUGAGGUCUAUCAGCAAGGCCCCCCAAGGUUAGGACUGGGAUCACCCCACCGCGUGGAACUUCAGUCUCGCAGUAAUUAGGCAGGAUAGUAGAGAGGUGGCUGUCCACUCCACUCACCACCAAAGUAGCCACGAGGUCCGAGGAUCUCCCUCCCAGAGACUGAGAAGCAAUAUACAGGCUCAGCCUCGGAAACAGCACUGCUCUGCAGUAUAGACCGCAGUUUCCAGGCGUCUUAUAGGUAACUGAUCGGCUUUGGUGAACUUAACAGUAGAAACUGCACGAGCUGCAUGAUGGGCUGCCCAGCCCCAUCCAGCCCCCCCCCCCCGUAAAAAAAAAUCUUGUAUUUUAUUAUAUUUAUGGGACACAUGAGGGUGGACCUAUAUAACUAGAGACAGGGACACUAAAGCAUUACGAAUACAGGUUUGUCUUCCUAACACGUUAGUGUUUCUUUAAAAGAAGAGGAGAAAAUAUGAGUAUGCAAUUUGAAAGUUCGUAUGGGUUCAGUGCAGGAUAGAAGUUGUUUGUAGGAAAACAGACUAAUAGUAGCUCAUGGGCCCAGAGGAGUGAUGUAAGGCUAAAAAUGGAAUAUUAAUUCAUGAGUUAUGGAGAAAGAAAGUAAAACCUUUGGCAUAAUGGAGUAGGAAGGCACGUGUGAGCAUAACAAGAAACACAAAGCAGAAAUGAUGAUGGAAAAUAGUUAAAGGGUGUUCUGUAUGUUCCUUCUUAGUGGCAGCAACAAGAUCUCAGCUGAUGAUAAGAAAUACGGUUGUAUCUAUAUAAGAAAAUAAAGUUAGGGUGGGUGUGGGAAACGUUAGCUUAUUAUGACAAAGCUUGGAUGUAGUGCAAUAAUUAUACCAUUUAGAAAGACUGUAGUGGGUCAAACGCGUAUUCUGCAUUUUCUUUGAUACUGCCUGAAACUUAUGCUACUAGUUUGUGUGCUUAGUUUAUUCUCCUUUUUAUUUAACCCCUUAAGGACUGAUGCAAUUGUACACGUUCUGAGCAAAACAAAAUGUAAACAAAAACUGGAAUUUCCGCUAUAGGUCUGUUCAACCAUAAUCCACCUCUUCAAUAUUAAGUGCACCCGCACUUAUUAUAUAUCAUUUUGUCUGGGAGAAACAGGGCUAUUCAUAUAUAUAUAUAUAUACAUAUAUAUAUAUAUAUAUAUAUAAAAACAUAAUUUUUUAUGAGUAAUCUAAAAAAAGUGAGAAAUUAAGAUUUGUUUUAACCCCUUAAGGACCAAACUUCUGGAAUAAAACUUUGUUUUAGUUCUACGUGGCAUUUGAACUGUGAUAAAAUACACAUAUUUGAAUUCAGCAAUGUCUCACGAGUACAACACUGCCCUCCAUGUACAGGUUUUAUGGUGUUUUGAAAAGUUACAGGGUCAAAUAAAGAAUGUUACAUUUUUCAGUUUAUGCACAUUGAAAUUUGUCAGAUUACUAAUGUUGCAUUUGAGACGGUAUGGUAGCCCAGGAAUGAGAAAUACCCCAUGAUGGCAUACUAUUUGCAAAAGUAGACUUUCACUGAUAUUAAUAUCAUCGUAAUACAAUUUACCUUUUUGAAACACUAAUAUUUGUGUUCAGCGAAGUCUCUUGCUGAUUGCAUUUGUUCUGGUGAGUCGAAUCAUUCCUGUCAAGCUUUUUGCAGUAAACAUUGUCUUUUCAGAGAAAAUGCAGUGUUUACAUUACAGCCUAGUGAUAGUUUCACUGGCCACUCCUCAGAUGGCUACUAGAGAUGCUUCAUAUUGUGCAGUACUGUCAUUCAGUGUCUCCACAAUCUGCAUGCAGACACUGGACUUUCCUCAUAGAGAUGCAUUGAUUCAAUUGAUCUCAAUGAGGAGAUGCUGAUUGGCCAGGGCUGUGUUUGACUUGUGCAGGCUCUGCCCCUGAUCUGCCUCCUUGACAGUCUCAGCCAAUCCCAUGAGGAAGCAUUGUGAGUGGCUCAUAGAAUCACCUCUGAUGAUGUCAGCUGUAAGCAGGCAGAUUAGGGGCAGAGACAGCAAUUGUAGACUUAAAUACAAGUAAGAUUUUACUAUAUUUAGGGAGUCAAAGGGGGCUGGGCAGAGGGGGGGGGGGCUAGAUGGUGGUUUUUAACACUAUAGGGUCAGGAAUACAUGUUUGUGUUCCUGACCCUAUAGUCUUCCUUUAAUACUCAAGGCCUACUUUACUCUUCUGUUUUCAAUGCACACUUAUACCUGUAUGGUCCUUCAUCAAAAUCUUUUAAUUUGGCAAUCUUUUUUUUAUUGAGGUUUUCGCAUUGCAACAUACAUAGUAAGCAAUGCAAGACAUAAAGUAAAGCAAGAUUAAAGCUUUUUACAUUGCAUUAGAUCAGUGAAUACCUCAUUUUUAAACAAAAGGAAAAGUAGUUAUUGACCUUGCCAAAUAGAGGCACAACGUACAAAAUAAGUUUUAUAUAUAUUAGAGAUUUCACCCUUGCAGAAGAUAGGUCACUGCCUCAAUAUAUGAGCACAAAAGACAAUAGGAAUGUUGUCAAAAAUUCUACAUAAAAGAAGAAAAUACAGACCAGCAAUAACCCAGUAUGUGCAGCGUUUCAACCUGAAACACUGCACAUACAGGGUUGGUGUAAGGAUUUUUGGCUACACAGGCUAAAAAAAACAGGCCACCCUAAAAGGCAUCCUUACCUGUGUGUCCCUUAAUCCCCCCUCUUAUUUCUUACCCCUUUCAUGUUUCUUAUCCUCUCCUUUUUUGUCUUACAUUCCAUCUUAUCCCCCAUUUUUUUCCUUUGUGUCUUUUACACCUCACCCUUUCCGUGUCGCUUACUUCUUUCCAACCCCUUUGUGUAUCUCUUUCUACCCCAGCCCCUUUGUGUGUCUCUUCCCCCCGAGCCCCUUAGUGUGUCUCUUUCUCCCCUGAGUCCCACUGUGUGUCUAUUUCUACACCAGCCCCUUUGUGUUAAAACGACCAUCUAGGUGUCUAUUUCUACCCCCUUUCCCCCUUUAAAAGGUAAGAAAAGUUGCAUUAUUUUCAGCGCCACGCAUGUCUGCUGACACUGGCCUCUCCCCCGAUUCACCUCCUUGCUGAAAUCAUCAGAAUUUAGGAUUUCAGCCAAUCGGAAAGCAUUGUUACACACUCAUAGACAAACAGUCUCACUGAUAUACAUAAGCUCAUUGACAUAAAAACACAAGCUCACUCACUAGCAGUCACACACACACACACACAUGCAAGCAAGCUAACUCACUAGCAGGAGCACACACAGCUAAAUGUAAUGGUUCUGGUGUCUAUAGCCUUUCCCUGCAGGCUUUUCAAUGUAAACAUUGACUUUUCAGAGAAAAGGCAGUGUUUACAUUGCUUCCUAGUGACACCUCUAGUGACAGUCACUCAGACGAUUACUAGAGGUGCUUCCUGUGUCAGUGCUGCACAGUGUGCAGCAUCUACAUUCAGGGCCUCCACACUCUGGAGGCACUGAAGUUCCUCAUAGAGAUACAUUGAUUUAAAGGACUACUAUAGGCACCCAGACUACUUCAGCUCAAUUAAGUGGUCUGGGUGCCAGGUACCUCUAGAGAAACUGCUAUGUUUACACUGCAGGGUUAAUCCAGUCACACUGACAGCCACUAGAGGCCGCUUCCACAAUUCUCACUGUGAAAAUUGAGUAAUGCGUUUUUAAUGCGCACACAGCUCUUGCUCGGGAGCCAGCGUCGGAGGGGGAGGAGAGGUCACCAGCACUGACCUCUUCAGCCCAGCGGCAGGGUUGCCAUGAGGGUUGGGGGGGACCUAAUGACCCUAUAGUGCCAUCAAGCUUGAUGAUCUCAGCCAUAGAGGCACAUAGUAAAAACAAUAUUUUUAAACAAACACAUACACCAUGACAGAAACAGAAACACACAUAUACCAUGACAGACACACAUACACACCCCAUGACACACACAAAGCAUGACAAAGACACAUACCAUGACAGACACACACAUACCAUGACAAACACACACAUGCACCUUGACAGACACACACACACACACACACACCUUGACAGACACACACACACCAUGACACAGACAUACCAUGACACAGACACACACAGCAUGACAAAGACAGACACACACCAUGACACCAUUCAGUAAUUUUAUUCGGGAAAUUUUUUGAAACAGGGAUAGAAGAGCAACAACCCCACCUCCAAAGAAAACUCAGACAAAAAAGAAUGUCCAGCACUCUCCAAAAAUAACAUACUGUUAUUUUAUUUUGUGCAUUGUAGCAAGAAGCACACAAACAGCAGCAUUUUGGCUCACACAUGAGCCUUUUUCAAGCUAGCUAGCCUUUUUUAUUAACAUGAAAAAGGUACCUGUGUGAGCUGAAACCUUGCUGCUGGUAUGCUUCUAGCUAUGCACUAAAUCAGCGUUUCCCAAUUGGUGUUCCCUUGAACCCUAGGGUUCCGCAAGAACAAAAUUGGGGUUACGCGGCAUUUCGCCACAUCCAAGAUGGCCGCCACUACCUGCUGUUCCCGCCCUGCCGUCAGCCCGCCUUGCCAUCAGCACACCCUACCGUCCAAGCCCGCCUUAGCGCCCGCCCUACCAUCAGCCAGCCACUUAGCUUGGCCGUUAGAGAGCCGUCCAGCCAUCAGCAAGCCAGCCCUGUCGUCAGCCAUUUUCUAUCAAUCGUGGUAGAGGAGUGAUAGAGAGUGGACCUGAUAGUUAAAGCUCUGUUAUUGUCAUAGAAAGCUCUGUUAGGUGGGGACAUAGAAAGCUCUGUUAGUUAGGGACAUUGACAUCUUCUGUUAGGUAGGGAUAUUAAAAGGCUCUGUCAGGGGCAUUGAAAGACUCGGGCAGGGGCAUUGAAAUUCUCUGUUUGGGGCAUUGAAAUUCUCUGUAAAGGACAUUAAAAGGCUAUGGCAGGGGCAUUGAAAGACUCUGUCGGGGCAAAAAACUCUUACCUAUAUUUUUCAAAGUAAACAAGAGGAAGGUGGGAUAAUAAUAUAUAAGUCCAGUAGGGCUGAAAGAGCAGGGCAUGAACCCGGAUAAUGAAAUGGUAUUUUUUAAAGUGUAAAGUGUAAAUCUUUUUACUCAAGUCGAACUCAAAAAUCCUGCUUAAGUUCAGUUCUUUCUAAGAGCGUUUUCAAAAUCAGCAUGCUUUUCAGUCAGGUUGUGAGAUCUGUAUUUUUCAGAGUGUUUUUUUUGUUUUGUUUUGUUUUUUUACCAAUAAACAACCAUGAAUUUGGAAAGCUGGUUAAAGCAAGGAACUCUUCAGAAAAAAAUUAUUACUACUUCUACCUGCUCGGCACUUAGAAACUGAGAAAGAAGAUACAACUAAAAAUCCAGAAAACGUGCUCAAAAUAGUUGUAUCUACAGUUCCUCAAAUAGCAGAGACAAGUAACAAGUAAAAAAAAAAAGCACACAAUGCUAGCCAAUCUUCUUCUCAAACAAAAUAAAAUAAAAUAUGAUGAUAGCUACUUGUCAUUUAGAGUCACAAGUGCCAGAAAUGAAUAUUGUCCUGAAGCACAAUGUGUACUUUGCAAUAAAAUAUUGCCAAUCAGUUCAUUAGCACCUGCUAAAUUACGUCGUCAUUUUGAGCAAAACCAUGCAGAGUACAAGGAUAAAGACAUUGACUUUAAGCGAAAGCGACAUGCCGCGAGUAGGGGCAUGUGUAAUGAUAUAAGCAGUGCCAGGUCCCCCCUUAUUGCACUAGCGACUGGGCAGCAAUAGCUCCCUAGUCACUAGUAAUUUUAAAUAUCAGCGAGCAGCCAGUGGUUGCUCGCUGUUUAGGCGACUUGCCCCUACUUGUGGCAUGACACGAGGAGGGGCAUGCAGGAGGAUUUAACCUCCCUUUUAGGAAUAUGGGGGUCAUAGUGACCCAUUUGAUACAGGUGUUAGAGCAAUACUAUGACGUCUGUGCCCUGACCAUCCCCUUCAUCCUUGUGAGUUCUUUUCCAGAAAACUGUCCAAAGCCGAGAAAAACUAUGAGAUACGGGAUAGAGAACUACUAGCUGUUGUAUUGGCUCUUAAGGAAUGGCGUCAUCUGCUAGAGGGCACAAAAGUUCCUGUUACAAUCCUAACGGAUCACAAGAACCUUUCCUAUAUGAGUGAUGCCAAAAGAUUAACAGCUAGACAAUCUUGUUGGUCUUUGUUUUUCUCUCGAUUCAAUUUCAUUCUCACAUAUAGGUCUGGUAGUAACAACACCAAAGCAGAUGCUUUAUCUUGACAAUUCGAACCCAAUGCUCCUACCAUUGCUGACAUAGAAUCGAUCAUCCCCAAAGCUAAGAUAAUCGCUGUUACCCAACUUUACACAGAGUCAGUGCUCAUGAAAUCUCUGAAGGAAAAGCAAAAUGAGGCACCUGGUCAGACUCCUCUGAAUAUAUUGUAUGUUCCUAUAUCCUUUCGUAAGGAUGUCCUGGCAUUAUGCCAUGAUAAUAAGACUGCUGGUCAUUCUGGAAUAAAAAAAGACCUGUUUGCUCCUUGCUUCACACUUUUGGUGGCCUUCUUUUAGACAGGUUAUCAAAGAAUGUGUAUAGACAUGCACUGUAUGUACACAAUCUAAGACGCCUCAUGUACUACCUUGCGGUCUGUUGUUGCAGGCUUUAGCCAUAUCCACAAAACCCUGGUCCAGUAUAUCCAUCGACUUCAUAUUCGGUUUUCUAAAAUGGUCCAUUUCGUAUCCUUGCCUAAGCUACCUUCAUCUUUGGAACUAGCGGAUAUAUUUGUUAGGGAGGCUUUCCGCUUGCAUGGCAUACCAGAAACGAUAGUAGAGCAGGUUCAGCACCUCCUUAGUAAUAGGGCUACCUCACAAAAGAAGUUUGCUUAUAGACAUUGGCAGGCAGCUCCUUGAUAUCAAGUGGUUGAUAGAGUAUGGUUGAGCACUAAGAAAAUCAGUUUGAAAGUCCCUUCCAUGAAAUUUGCACCUCAUUACAUUGGCCCCUAUCAGAUAUUGAGGCGUGUGAACCUUGUUUCAUAUAGGUUACAAUUACCUCCCUCGCUGCGUAUACCGAUCACCUUUCAUGUUUCCCUGUUGAAGCCUCUUACGUGUAACAAGUAUACUAGACCUCUUAUAGUUCCUUCCCCUGCUGAAGUGGAUGGUCAGGAGGAAUACGAAGUAUAGUCUAUCGUGUAAUCCCGGUUCUCUAGAGUUGUUCUUCAGUGCUUGAUACAUUGGAAGGGUUAUGGUCCCGAAGAGAGGUCCUGGGUGAAGGCGAGUGAUGUUCAUGCAUUCCGUCUGCUCCGGGCUAUCCAUUCUCGCUUCCCUAAUCACCCUGGUAUCUCCCGUCCAGUGGGCAGUUCUAAGAGGGGACCACCAUUCCCACGCAGUAUGAUGCUCUUGACAGCCUUAUGGAUGCCGGCCGCUGUCCGCCAGCCUCUUUUUAUGAUGCGCCACACGUGUGCCGGCGUCAUGAAGUCACUAGAGAUCUAAGUAAUAGAGCCCAGCACAUCCACCUUUUGGAGGCAUGGUUAUGCUAACCAUACCCCCAAACAUAUAAAAUCCCAGUCUGCCCAAAGUACUGUGCCCUGUUGUGGUUCCUAGUGUCCCUAUAGCGCAUUAUUUCAUCCCUUUUGGUAUUCAUUGGUAACUAUUGACCUGGCUUGCUCUCGACUACUCCGUUUUCUGUCUCCCGUGACUCUGCUUUGUUUAUCAUUAAUGUGUAUCUGUGGAUCCCCUGACAUGGCUUUUGUCUCUCGAUUUAGUGUAUUUCUGACUUCCCUUGACCGUGGCUCUUUCUGAUUAUCCUUGAAUUAUUAUUAUUAUUCUUCAUCCGGCCAUUCUAAGGACCGGUUCAGGGACUUUCUAUCUGUCUCCAUUAUUCCCCGGUGGGAUUUCACUCUGCGUGUUGGGUUGUAUGUUACAGCAGUGGGUGGAGACACUGAAGGGCAGUGGUGCACAUAGGCAUGCCCACACCCUAAUCCCCGCACCACGCGCUAUGUUCCUCCCUCCGUGGACCGGUGAGGGGCUAGAGUUCACUCACCACUGGAGCACCAGGGAUGGCAGCAGCAUGGUCCCCCCUCCCUAGAAAGGUAAGAAGGGAGGUAGGAUAUUAACUAAAUGGCCCCCCCACCCCACACAUUACACACAAACAGCACACACACACAUACAUCACCCUUACACACACAGCACCCACCCGCACACACUAACAGCUCCCUAACACACACAGGUCCCUCACACACACACACACACACUAACAGCACCCUCACACACACACACACACACACACACACUAACAGCUCCCUUACACACAGCACCCUUACAUAUACACACAUAUACACACACACACACUAACAUCACCCACACACAUACAACACCCUUACACACACAUACAUCACCCUUACACACACAUACAGCACCCUUACACACACAGCGCCUACACACACACAGCACCCUCACACACAGCCCCCUUACACACACAGAGCGCCUUCACAUACACACUCAGCACCUACACACACACAGCACCUACAUACAGCACCCUCACACACACACACACACACACACAGCAGUAUAUGUGUGUGUGUAUGUAUAUGUGUGUGUAUAUAUAUAUAUAUACAUAUAUAUAUAUACAUAUAUAUAUAUACGUGGCGCGAGUGUUUGUGCUUUAGGGGCACACCCUUAUACAAAAGGCUGCGCACGCCUAUGGUGGUGCACACUGUACAGCACUGUCCCAGGAAGCACCUCUAGCAGCCAUAUGAGGUGUGGCCAGUGGAGUUAUCCCUAGCUGUAAUGUAAACAUUGCAUUUGUUUCUGAAAAGACAGUAUUUACUGCAAAAAGCCUGAAGGGAAUGAUUAUACUCGCCAGAACAAAUUCUAAAAACUUUAGUUGUUCUGGUGACUAUAGUGUCCCUUUAAGGUAAGACAAUGUCCAAAAUCUCCUGGCAUCAUUGAUAUAAACUCAUUAUGGUUCCUGUAAAUAACCUCAGGCAAUAAUGUGAAUUAGACAUAGGCAGGCAUUGGCAGGAAGGCAUAAAUACAUUGUCUCAGAAUUGUACUACAGACUGGUGACUUAUUAAAACUUUACUUUCGUAGGUGCUCCCUCACUAGGAAUUAUGACCAAGACCAAAGUUGGUCCUACUGCAAUGAUCGGCAUGAUGUUACAGGUAAUAAUAUACAAGUUUUUAUUUACAUUUUUUUAAACUGAAUUAUUGUAUUCUUAACUUUUCACCGGUGUUCAGAACUCUAUCUGUCAUGGGAAAAAAAUAUUAAAUAUUAUCUUAUUUAUAUAAUUGUAGAACCUUCCCUGUAUAUUCCCAUAUAUUUAAAAUAAGGCACACAGUCAUGCCAUUUCAAAAACCUUACAUUGUCAGUAGAAUGACUUGUCCUGCAGUGAUCAGAGAUCGGAUUCGGUUUGGCCCACCAUAAAAUUUCACCUUUUUAAAGAUUUGAGUUCAUAAAGUUUCUGCAUAUGCAACCGUUUAGCAGCAUUGUGCUAGGCAAUGUAAGCUUAAAGGACCACUAUAGUGCCAGGAAAACAUACUCGUCCCCCCGCCGGGCUCUGGGGAGAGGAAGGGGUUAAACACUUACCUUUCUCCAGCGCCGGGCGGGGAGCUUUCCUCCUCCUCUCCUUCUUCCUAGCGACGUCAUCGGCUGAUUUUCACAGUGAGAAGCACGCAAGCGCCUCUAGCGGCUGUCAAUGAGACAGCCACUAGAGGCUUUAGAGGCUGGAUUAACCCUCAGUGUAAACAUAGCAGUUUCUCCGAAACUGCUAUGUUUAUAAAAAAAAAAAAGGUUAAUCCUAUCUGGACCUGGCACCCAGACCACUUCAUUAAGCUGAAGUGGUCUGGGUGCCUAUAGUGGUCCUUUAAAAAGACCUGCAUCACCUGACAAUUAUUUAUUUAAACUAGCAAGGAAACACUUUUAAAAUAUUUACAAACCAAAAUAUUUGAAAUAUAUGAAAUAAAUGUCAGAUUGCAUUGUUGGGGGAGCCUCUCGGCUAUGGGAGUUUUUUUUAGUCCCCCCUUCCUCUUGCCCACCCAUUAUUUAGGUCCCCAGCCCCCUCUCUUUCAAUGGAUGAGAUAAUAAAAUUUGAUGAGCUCAGCCAAUCAAAUGCUUUCUCAUAGGAAAGCAUCGGAAGGCAAAAAAGGAUGAACAGAUAAGGUCCUUAAUAAGUGUCCUCCAACUUAAAGAGCCUAACCCUAAAUUGAAAUCCAAAUUUUUGUUCCAAAAAAGGAACCAAAGUUGUUGGAGUUUAGGAUAGAACAAAUUACAUUAAAUUAAGCAGUGAAAUCCCAAAAUAAUAACUGUGCAAAAUAAAAAUAGGGUAUAUGUAAUAAAACCAAAAGAAGAUUAUAGAUAAGACAAUACCAUAACAUAACAUAAGGAGUUCCUUUAUUAUUGCUAGGAUAUAUGUUACAUGGUAUGUCUACUAAUUGUUGAAAAGAGGGGGAAGGCGAAGAAAACAAGAUGGAUAGAAACACUUCUUUAAAGGACAUAAAUGCCCUAAAAUGUACUUCAAUGCGAGUGUUAAAUAGAACUUCUCGUAAUAACGGACUUAGCGAGUGUGUAUCUACUUGUAAAUUGAUACAAUAAUUUGUCUGUAUAUAGCCAAAAUGUAUCUUAAAUGCAACAGAUGAGCAGCAGAGUAAAAAUGAAAUCUGAAUAAAGUGUGGAUCUGUCGACCCUACAACAAACCGGUCCACCCCAGCCUCACCCUUAAUAAACUCGGUAUAAUAUGGGUCGAACUGGAAAUAAUCAAUCCGCUCGUCUCAGGUAGCUAACGGUAAGCCCACUAUAAUUAGAUAACAUACACGCAGGCUAUCAGAUCCUAAAUCCGUAUGACGGUAUCAAAGUCUAUCACUAAUUAAAAAGCAUAUGGAUAAAAAUCCAUUAAUAUUACCAUAAAUGUAACUAGCGACAAGGCUUAAAGUAAUAAACCCUAAAUGGUAUAACGACAGUCAUGGGAUGUCGAGACUAUCAUAGUAACAACAGACAGUCAUCUAAACAUAUUAACACUAUUCAAGGAUAGAGAGUUGCUCGUUCGAUAUAACUCGCUAUACUAUAUACAAGAAUGCUGAAACUGUAGUUACUGACAGCUCGUCUUCCAAGCCCUAAUGCAGCUAUGGGAUAACCUUCUCAAGGAACUGGUAAAAUCUUACUUGUUUACUCGCUAGACUACCUGUAGCCCUAAAUCACUUCUCAAGCCUCCCUCCCCCACUAUAAUCAAAACUAAAUCAGAACACACAAAAACUCCAUAAUCCUAAAGCCCAAAUAAACCAAAAAUAAAUAUAAAAGAAGCGUUAAAGAACGCCCAACGCGCGUUUCGCCAUCUGAAAGUUUGAAGUUGGCUUUGUCAGAUCAAGUUAUAUUUCUUAAUUCAAAAUUGCCUCACAGAAUUGUAAACUCCGAUCCGGAUCCUCCUCUAAAAUCCAUGGAUUAAGCAUGGCCAAUACUGUCUCAGCACUAAUCAUUGCAUUAGACGACCCAAAGAUCUACGGGAAUCUCAAAGCUCUCUCUUUCACUUUUUGGGGGCUUUGAGUAAAUGCCAGUGUUACUAACAUUCUAUUUUCAUCAGUAGUAACACUCACCGGUAAACCACUUUUUGGUGCAUUGCAAAUUUGUCACGGAUUCAUUAUAUUUAAUUGGUGGAGGUGUUGCAAAUUCUUCUUCCCAUUUCUGCUGAAUCUUUUGUUAAAUUAAAAGCCAUACUUAAUUAUCUAAAAAAAACAAUAUACGAUAAUAGAAUAGAAACUGCAUACCUGCUUAUGCACCCCCUGUAUAAUAAUACUACCUCUUUGACUGAACUGCUUUUUUAAUUAAUGCUUACAGAGCUUUUUUUUUUUACAAACCUGUUUACCUUUCCCAUUAUUCCUUCUUCUGUAGGGAGGAUGAGGUUCCAUUGUUUGACUUUAUUUACGGACUCUUCUUAGGAAUUUGCAAUGAUAGUUUGCUCAGUUUGUAUGCUUAGAAAGAGCCUGCAGAUAUUGUUUACAAAACAUGAUGUAGGGAUCAUGGGGAAUUUGCACUAAACGCCCUGGCUGCACCUUUUCACAGAUAAUUCUGAUGGACAAAUAAAAUUCUAUUAACCUAAACAUAUAAAUAAAGAAAUUUAUAUAAAACACAUAAAGUCACAUAGAAUUUACAUUUUUGGACUCAAAUUCUAUUUAAAGGGACACUCAACCACUAGAGAUUAUUAUAGAGGAUAUGAGGCAAGAAAAGUUUAGAUGCAAUCCCUCUGGUUUUAUCUAACUAAGGCUCUCCUGGCACCCACAUUCUCCCCCUCCCCCUGCUGAGAUAAUUAGGAAUUUCACUUCUGACUUAGCCCAUGGCUCUCAGCAUAUAAAUGAUGCCCAAAUUGGAUCAUUAUAAUGAUGAAGUGAAAAUCCUCGUUAUUUCAGCAGCAGGGAUGCCAGGCUUUGAGUGCUAGUGCGAGCCCUGUUUUUUAUAAACUGCUGAAGAUUGUCCCUUCAAAGGGUUACUGCAACCAAAAAACACAGUUUUUUAGAAAGAAAAACUUGCUGGCCCGCAGUCACGAAAGAAAAGAAAAAAGGAUCAAUAGAUAAACAGAUGCAAAAAAUUCACAGAAUUAACAUUAGCCUACCCAGAACACCUCCGUCAGCAAAACACUGAAGUGGUCAAGAUGCCUGGAAUAACCCUUUAAAGUUUUGUUACUGAAAUAUGCAACCUGCAUGCAUGGAUUUUUAGAUUCAAGAGAACAUGAUGAAAUGUAGUUAUGCAUGACUACUUAUUGAGAAACCCUGAAAAAAAGGAAUGUAUGUACAUUUUUAUUCACUGUACUUUCCAUUUUAAAAUUUUUCCCAGGGCAUUCAUUUUUAAACAUGACCCAUUUCUAAUUCUAUUUUCCCAGACCAUUGUGAGGACAAUCCAUGUGGGUCCAGAGGAGUUUGUGAGAACAAAUUAAAGGGGUACCAUUGCGUAUGCAACGAGCCUUAUACUGGUCGGAACUGCCAGACAGGUAAGAAGUGCCUCUAUAGCUAUAUCCACUGGCUGGGCAGGGUUGUGUUCCAGAAGAAAAAAAACAUGAUUGAAAGGACCCUUAUUGGAUUAGCCUCUUCCUGUUCAGGGAGAAUUCUGUCAGUUGCUGACAAUACUCUGUGCAAAUGCCACAGAUAUAGGAACUUUGUUCUCUUUGCAUACCUUAAUACAAAUAUAUUUUUACUGUUGGUACGACACUCCCGGCAUAAAGGGGGUUAAAAGCCGUUUAGUAGAUCUUCCCUUCCAGAGACACAGGCACAGCUACUGCAGAACACCAAACUCCCGAACUGAAUACAAGGGAAUGCUCCAAACUCCCGAACUGCAUACAAAGUAGCACUCCAAACUCCCGAACUGAAACUUCACGAAUAGCUGCUAGCAGACGAACAGGAAAAGCACCCAAGCGGUUUACACUCCUGGCAAUCAGUCUCUUACAGCAUACAGUAAAUCCCCCCAAAGACGAGACAGAGCUCCGUGUUGAAGGUCAAGCAGUGGUCUGGUUUAUUGUGGGCUACCUGCCCGGUAUUUAUGUAGGUCUUCCACCUGGUGGACACUCCCCUAGGGGACCAGAUGGAAGACUGAGACAAAAUAGCAAGGUGACCAAUCACGGAUACACACAGUUAAGCCCUUCCACAGGUACAUUACAAUCCCUCCUCUCUAUCCUGGAGAUAAUUGGGAAGUAAUCCAAUUAUCUCCAAGGAUAGAGGCAAAACUCCAUUGAACACUAGAGAUGUCGCGAACUGUCCACCGAACUGUUCGAGAACUGUCCGCCGGCGAACAAUAGCGUGUUCGCGUUGGGCGAACAUAUCCGAUUUCCGGUCCGCCCCCUAUACGCCAUCAUUGAGUAAACUUUGACCCGGAACCUCACAGUCAGCAGACACUUCCUGGGAGGGAGGGUCUGCUGCUGAUUGGGUGGAAUGUGUCUGCUGGCUGUGAGGUUCCGGGUCAAAGUUUACUCAAUGAUGACGUAUAGGGGGCGGACCGGAAAUCAGAUAUGUUCGCCCAACGCGAACACGCUAUUGUUCGCCGGCGGACAGUUCGCGAACAGUUCGGCGGACAGUUCGCGACAUCUCUAUUGAACACAUGUUAACAAAAAGACAUAAAAAUAUACAAUGUUACCAACACUGUAUAAAACAUAUCUAUUCAACAUAUCCCCAGAUAGCUUAGAUCUGAGCGCACAUUAUUACCGAAUGGCGCUCAAAUCACAUACAUACAGUUCAAUAGCCAUGGUGCCAAAGUCUUUCCCAUAGUCUUUCGUUACACGAAUAGGCUCCAUGGCGUGGCUAUCUGGGGUCAUGCUGUUCAUACGGUUAAACUACCGACUGAACAGGCAUCCAAUUAAAUUAUUGAAUGCAGAAGCAAGGAGGCUGGCGGCUCAGCGGUGUUCGUGAAUAUAACUGUCCAUUAUUAGUUCCAUCAUUUUGUAGUUGAACACUGCUGGCCGUUCGGCAGUUUAAGAUGGCCGCUGCCAUGUGUUCGCUAUACGAACAAGGGCCACCCAGCGUUUGUCAAUUAAGCUGCGGUUAACCGCAGCUUCUGGGAGGUAAAUUGCCAACACACUCCCAAUACAGGUGCUCCAGUCAUUCGGUUGUUUGUUCGGUAGAUUGAAUCUACCGAACGCUGGGCAGAAAGGCAUGAACAAACCUUUUCUGCAGGGGAAAAGAAGGCUUUUUAACAUGGGGCCAUAGUCCAAGGGCAACAGGCGAGCAACCAGGCUUCUCCAGUGCUUCGUGGCGAGGUUGGUUUCGCCACAACUGUAUUAUCUGUAUACUUUAUUAAAGAUUUGAGGUCAGUUCUGCACGUUUCCAUUUUAUUUUAGUUCUGGCUCCUUGACUAAUGUACUGUAUAGAUUUAUGUAAAAAUAUAGAGAUAACAUAAAAAUAGGAUUUCUGCCAAAACUUGGGUCUUGCGGAUAGAGAGCUAAAAUGUUUCCAUCAUAACUACUGUCAAUCGAAAGAUAUACUAAAUGAAUUAGCAUUUUUAUCACCAUAUACCCACAUAGGAUAGAAUCGAAGGAUAUAUCGCCAACGUUUUAGUUCAGUGUUGUGCAACCAUCAAAAAAUGUAAAAUGAGCAGAUGAAAUACUGAUGAAGAUUCAAUCAUAAAGCCAUCCAGUUACGAGACUCAUGUUGUAAGCAACAGUACAUACGAGAUUAAUCUUGUUAGGGUAGGCUGAUGAAUUAUACAAACUUACUGAUCAGAUACUGACAUGUUCAGAAGGGGUUUUUGUGAGGCUAGGCUAUGAGAAAUCAAGUAGAGAGAUCUGACAACACAUUUUAUUUCCUUUCAGAAAAGUGCUACGAUAAAAAACUCGGACAGUACUUUGAACAAAAGCAGACAUGGCUACGAUACUUCCCUCCCAUUUUAGAGGAAUGCACAUGCCAUAAUAACAAGGCAGUAGUAUGCAAAGUGACAACAGGGAAAGGUAAGAAUAACUGAAUUAACCAUCAAACAUAUGUAGGAGAUGUAGGCCUUGCACCAUAUUGGUGCACCAAUAUGGCACAUACCCUACUUGGAUAAUAUCAUGCUUUGUUUUUACAGAGUGUUCUUCAAACCCAUGUCUGCAUGGAGGGCAUUGUGUCCAAGUCAAGAAAAACACAGUGUGUGGUUGUAUCAAGGGCUACAAAGGUCCUCACUGUGAAAUAAGUAAGUACUUUAAUACAAUAUGUUUUAAACAGGACUGUUGUUUGGAACAGUAUGGCUGAAUUUUAAUUCCAAAAUAUAGAUACAGCUGAACAUGGAAAUUUGUUUUUAAUUUGUCUAAUUUAUCCAAUACCUGGUGCAGUGCCAUCUUAACAACAUUAUGGGCCCCCGGGCAAAGCAGUGCUCUGGGGCCCUGCCUACACAACCAGUCACAGGAAUAAAAAUGUAAAUUAUCUAUAAAAUUAAGAUUAUAUUUAUUGGUCCUCCAACAAAUGCAAUCCAUUCAUAAAAUACAAACACAUAGACUGCUGAAUACAUACACACGGGCUGCUGAAUACACAUACACACAGAAUGCAGAAUACACACAGAAUGCAGAAUACACACUGACUGCUGAAUACAUACACACAGACUGCUGAAUACACACACAGACUUUGGAAUACACACACACAAUGCAAAUUACACACAAGCUGCUGUAUACACACAGGCUGCUGAAUACAUACAUACAGACUGCUGCAUACACACACGUAGACUGCUGAAUGCACACACACGGAAUGGUAAAUAAACACACACAGACUGCUGAAUACACACACCCUACAAGCCCUUCCAAAUGUCUCAUUCCCCCCCAAGCAAGCCCCUCCAUGUGUGCCAUUCCCCGCCCAUAGUCCCCUGCCUGUGUCCACUCUCCCCCCCUCCUGUUCCUGCUUAUGCGGUACCAGGUCCGGUCUGACAGGAAGUCCUCUCACUGCAGCAGUAGACGGGCCCUGAAGAUAUGUCAAUGGCCCAUGGUUGCCGGGCACCCUGGAGUGACAGGCUCUGUCGCCGCUGCGACCCCUGCAAUCAUGCAACCGUGGUAGUUAUGCCACUGUGUGUAUACAUAUACACUAGGAGUGUUAAGGGAUCUGUGUGUCAGUGUGUUGUGUGUAUUGGGAGCUGUUUGUGGUCUUGAUGUGUAUUUUGUAUUUAUAACAAGACUGUGUUGUAUGAAGUAUGAGGGUUACUGUCUGGGUCGGGCUGUAUGUGUAUGCCUGUGACUGUAUGUGGGGGUGAGUGUUUUGGGUCAGUGUGGAAAGUGGGGUGAGUGUGUGACAGUCUCUGAGGGGUCAUGGAGUCAUUGUGUUACAGGUUGUCCGUCUGUGUGUCAUGAGAGUGACAGUGUGACUGUGUGUGAUGGAUCAGUCGGGGUGUUUGUGUGAUAGGAUGACUGUCUGUGAGGUGAGUGUGAUAGGGUCACUGUGUGUGUGGGGUGCAUGUGGCAGAUUGAUUGUGUGUGAGAGAUGAGUGUGGGGUGUGAGUUUAACAUAGUGACAGUGUGUGGGGUCUUUGCGGGGGGUGGGUGUGACACAGUGCCUGGGGGUGAGUCUGACAGGAUGACAUUUUGUGAGGGACUGUGGGGAAUGAGUGUGACAGGGUGACUGUAUGUGUGUGGGUGAGAGUGACAGGGUGACUGUAUGAGGACUCAGUGUUGGAGGUGAGUGUGACAGGGUGACUGUGUGUGGGGUGUGUGUUUCUAACAAGACAUCCAUGGAUGUCUUGUUAGAAACUAAUUGUACAGCGCUGCGGAAUCUGUGUGCGCUUUAUAAAUAGCAAUAAUAAAUAAAUAAAUACUGUAGACAGGACUAGGUAUAUCAUUGGUACUGCUGCAUAGCUUCAAUUCUCCUUAAUAAAUGCAGGGAAUGGCAUCAAUCAGUAUUGUCCUGACUGUUUACAUUUACCCACAAUCACAAUGUACUAGAGAGUUUAACAUUGGGAACACAGUAGAGUGCUGCAGAAGGGUGAUGCUAAACAAAUUGCAGAUCCUGUAGCAGGCACAGGUGGAAGUGCCUGUCAAUGCACGUUCUCAGGCAACAUGCAACCUAGGACAUCCUCAGUGACUUUGCAAGGUGGUUCAAUUGCGCAUACAUGACAGAGUUGCACAUGUGCAAUUCAGCUUUCUACGAUUUCUAGGGAUGGGACACUGAUUGUUUAGAUCUGUGUCCCCUUAGGAGGGGGCAUGGAAAGUAUAAUCAAGAAGUAGCAGAUAAAUAUACAAAUAUAUAUUAUAUUAACCUGCGUUUUCAGCUUGCCGAAUGAGAAAAUUAUAUCCAAGUGAUGCAUGCCCCUCUCUACAAUUACUUUAGUUUCUUUUACUAACUACGUUUUUUUACUUAGACUUUUAAGACUUUACUCACCCUAUACUGUUGCAUUAAUGAGAGUGUUAAGCAAAUAAGAUGUUUAUUUCAUGGUUAUAUUUUUAUGCCUUUUAUUUUGCAGGUCCAAGUCAGGUAUGUUACCAUGGAAAUGGCACUGGCUACCGCGGAACUGCAAAUAUAACGGUGACAGGAAAGCAGUGCCUCUCUUGGGACUCUGAGCUGAUACACCAUGAAGUUAUUCUGUACAGUGGCCACAAAGCAAAAGCUCAUGGGAUAGGACCUCAUCCAUACUGCAGGUACUUCAAGGAUUUGCAAAUCACAUGCAAGAAAAAUUAUUCUCUGCAUCACGUUAAUAGUACUGAGUUGGGACUUUAAUACUAUCCAGAGAUUCCUACGAGUUGAAAUGUUACUCAUGGUAAUGAAUGUAUCAGUUGAAUACUAUGGUUUUGGCGAGAAUUUUUUUUGAUUGUUGUAGGGACUUGAGGGUGUUCUCCUGAAAUCUACUCCACUUUGCGCCACUCUCAUUCGAUCUGUAUUAUUUGCUAAUACAGUAUUCAGUUUACAGAUAUUGAGGUACAAUAAACACACUUUGGGAACUAUUCAGUAAAACAGCUGCAAUUGUAUUAGACAUUUCCUCUCAAAACAGGCCUCUAGCAGAUCACCUGUUCUAAUUGAAACAUGUUCACUAGCUUGUCAGCCCUGCCAAAGGAAAUACCUCAAAUUCAGGAAAGUCUGUGGACUAUACUAGUGUUUGUUUUCUGAGAUUGUUGCCUAAGUUUGGGACUCGUGCUGUAAAGCAAUGCAGUGCUGGUAGCAAAUUACCAUUUUCUGGCCCCCGACCCUCAUUGGAUAUAAUUUCAAAAGAGGAAAAAUAAUAACGUUUAAAAAUUCUGGGGAGUGAGGACAUGGAAAAUCUAAAGUCCUGCCCAUAAAUAUUAUAUACCUGAAUAACCUGUUUUAAUAGAAAAAAAAAAUUAAGACUAUUUUAAGAGAUAUCAAUUGAAUCAAAUAAAGCAACCCCCUCAAUUGCACAUCACCGUAGAAGGCAGAUAUCCACCUCUGUUGCCCACAGCAGUGAAUAAACAAUACCUGGUUUCAUACUUAUUGACUUCAAAGUGCGUUUGUUAUGGUGCCAUAACUUGCUCAUCUUGUAGGGAUUAAACUGUUUCGAACGAUUUAACCCCAAAGUCUGUGUUCCAGCAUAUGAUCUUUCUGCCCCCGUCCUUCCAUUUCAUGAUAUGCUUCAGAAGGAAAGAUUAAGGCUCCUGCAGGCAGGGGCACCGUUGAUUGGCUGAGAGCAAUCAGUGGCUCCUCAUUCAUAAAACAGCUUUAGAUAUUUACUUAAUUUUUCUCAAGCUGUUUCUGUGAAUGGGAAACCACGGAUUCAGAUUCAAAGCAUUUCAGCAAACGGAAGGAAAGGGGGCAAAGAGAUCUCGAAUAAGCUGUGGGAGACACGUUAUGGAGCCCAACCCGAUCCUUUAUUAUUCUUCUGCCCAUAUUUGCAGACAUAAUUUAAGACUCAAGAUUUUAAAUUAUAGUCACUAUGACUAUUAAAUAGUGUCUAGUUUAACAUACAGUAUUUGAAGUUUAAACUGUUUAUUAAGGAAACAGUUUGUUUUCAGGUGCAUUGUUUUUAAUAGAUGAUAAAUUUAUAGAUGGUCACAUUACCCACAAAUCUAUAUUGCAUGUUGCAGGAAUCCUGAUGGGGAUACAGAGCCGUGGUGUUUUGUCUUGAUCGAAGAAAGGCUGAGCUGGGAACAUUGCUCGAUCCCAAAAUGCAAUGUGGUUAAAGGUACGGGUGUGCAUGUAUAUGGGUAAUAAAAUCAAAGCUCGCACAGUAAUUAAGGAGUGAUAGGAAAUUCAAGGGCUGUAAAUAGACACUAAUCAGUAAGAGUCUUAGGGGUUUUUUUUUACUACUAAAAUGAGAAUUAUUGUGAUUUCAAAGUGAAUUUCUAAUCUAAGUCUAAAAUUGGAAACUCGCUUUGAAUCCCUGACAAUUCUCUACCAAAGCCAAAUUUAGAUAAUUGAUAAUUUAAUGAUAAUUUUAAAGUCCAUAUGGCCAUUGUCAGCACUAGCAGGCAGCAGGCAAAUAACCCUGGGGUUAACCAUAUCUGUUGGCCAGCGCUUGCUAGCCUGCGACUACAUUAAAGGGAUACUACAGUCACCAAAACAACUGUAGCUUAAAGAAAUCACUUUUGUUUCUGUUUAUGCAGCCCUAGCCACAGCUCCCCUGCCUGUGACUGACACCGCCCGCAUGAAAACAAAAUGGUUUCAUUUUCAAUCAGAUGUAACUUACUUUAAAAGUUUUUAUCUCCUGCUCUGUGAAUUGAAUUUUAAUUACACAUAGGAGGCUCUUGGAGGUUUUAGCAAGCUAUUAACAGAGCAGGAGAUAACAAUAAUUCUAAAUUAAACAGAAUUUGCAUUAAAGGAAGUUUAAACAUUAGAUCACACUUUACAGGACGUGUUUAGGAAAGCUUUGUAAGUCACGUGCAGGGAGAUAUGACUAGGGCUGCAUUAUCAAAGUCAUUUAACUCCUAAAUGGCAGAGAAUUGAGCAGUGAAACUGCAGGGCCAUAAUCUGUAUACCAAAACUGCUUCAUUAAGCUAAAAUGACGAUAGUGUCCCUUUAAGAAAAGUUUAAAAAAAAGGCACAUUGAGGAAUAUUUCUGCUAGAUCCAUGCAUCGGAUCAAGAGAGCAGCUGCUAAAAUACCAUUACAUAGCAGCAAACAGAUAUUUGAAGAUGCUGGUGCCUCUGGAGUCCCACGGACAUCAAGGUGUAGAGUCCUCCAGAGUCUUGCAACUGUGCAUAAACCUUCUGUUCGGCCACCACUAACCAAUGCUCACAAGCAGAAAUGGCUGCAUUGGGCAGAAAAAUACAUGAAGACUAAUUUUCAAACAGUCCUGUUCACUGAUGAGUGCCGUGCAACCCUGGAUGGUAUAGAUGGAUGGAGUAGUGGAUGGAUGGUGGUCGGCCACCGUGUUCCAACAAGUCUGCAACGUCAGCAAGGGGCUGGUGGAGUCAUGUUUUGGGCCGAAAUCAUGAUAAGAGAGCUGCUUGGUCCCUUUAGGGUCCCCGAAGGUGUAAAGAUGACCUCUACAAAGUAUGUGGAGUUUCUGACUGACCACUUUCUUCCCUGGUACAGAAGGAAGAACUAUGCUUUACGUAAUAAAAUCAUCUUCAUGCAUGACAAUGCACCAUCUCAUGCUGCAAAGAAUACCUCUGCAUCAAUGGCUGCUAUGGGGAUAAAAGGAGAGAAGGUCAUAGUGUGGCCUCCAUCCUCCCCUGACUACAAUCCUAUUGAGAACCUUUGGAGCAUCCUCAAGCAAAAGAUCUAUGAGGGUGGGAGGCAGUUUACAUCCAAACAGCAGCUCUGGGAGGCUAUUCUGACAUCUUGCAAACAAAUUCAAGCAGAAACUGUCCAAAAACCUAUAAGUUCAAUGGAUGCAAGACUUGUGAAGCUGCUAUCAAAUAAGGGGUCCUAUGUUAAAAUGUAACGUGACCUGUUAAAAUGUUUAAAAAGUUAAAAUGUUGUUAUAAGUGUAAUUGAAAUAGCUUUUGAUUUCAGUAAAUAUGCUGCAAACACAACAAAUCACAAUUUUCAGUUCUUUACAACCCAUAAAGUGUUUUGAAACUUAUUGUGUGUAAUAAUUUGAAAGUUUUUUUAUGUUUAAAAAAAUACAGUUAUUAUUAGGAAGUUUGUUCAAUAAAAUUUGAAUUGUACUCUUAAUAGUUGAUAACAUGAUAAUUAUGCUGACUGUUAUUUACAUCAAUUAUUUAGGUAAAUGAGAAAAAUAUAAUUUGCAUAAUAAUUUGGAACAGGGUGUAAAAGGGGCUGCAUCCUAAUGGUCAGUGUGUGGAGUCUCUAAUUAUAAUAUUCAUGAUGCAGACCCAGUCUCCCUCCCAGUCCCCACCUAUGGAUGGCGGGUGGGGCUGCUAAAUAAUUGCACUGCAACAAUAAAAGUAUUGUUUCCUGUGACCAAUUAAUAGAUUGUGAAAAAAAAAACAGUCAAAUGCCCGGUGGGCCGCGAUGGCCGUGGGGCCGAGGCCGGCAGGGGAGAUCACAGGAUCUCCCCGGCCGGCCCCUGCAGGGCCAGCGCUACCCGAGUGCCGGCCCUGCAUAGUGCCUCCAUGGGCCGGUGGGGAGAUCACAGAUCUCCCUCACCGUCCCAGAGGCAGGGAAAUGCGGCCGCCGGCUGGGUGAAGGAGGGAGGGAGGAGAGAGGACCCGGCGGAGCUCUAACAAGCAGCUCCGCCCGGUCCUCUCGCGGGAUUCUGAGCGUUGCCGCGGUUACAACGCUCAAUCUCGCGAGAGUGAACUCUAACCUGCAGGUUAGAGUUCACUCUCACCACUGGACCACCAGGGAAGGCAGCAUGGUCCCCCCUUCUCCCAGGCAGAACGGCUCUCCCCCCCUCCCAGGCUAAAGGUAAGAAGGGAGGGGGGGACAUAACUUUUUUUUUUUUAAUUAUUAUUAUAAUAUUAUAAUUAUUAAUAAAAUAAAAAAUAUAUAUUUCAAAUAAUUUCCCUAACAGCCCCCCCAGCCCCCCACACACACAGCCCCCCCAGACACACACAGCACCCAGACACACAGCACAGACACACACAGCUCCCCACAGACACACACAGCACCCCACAGACACACACACACAGCACCCCCAGACACACACACAGCCCCCACAGACACACACAGCAGCACCCCACAGACACACACACAGACACACCAGCCACAGACAGACAGCACCCUCACUCCCACACAUAUACAGCACAUAUAUUAUAUAAAAUAAACCCUCAGUGAGUUAACAGACAAAUAAAAUUAGAAACCCAGAAUGUGACGGCAGAUAAAAACACCCUCACACACAGCACCCCUCUUACACAAACACGCUGCGCACCUCACACAUACAAUACGUCCAAAUAUAUUUUUUAUAUAUAUAUAUAUAUAUACAUAUAUACACACAAAAAUCAAAACUGAGGAUGCACUCACAGGACUUGGUUAAAGUGAAAAAAAGGGACUUUUAAUUAUUCCAUGUGAAAUGUACAGAAAAAUCUAUUUUCCAUUCACAUGGAAUAAUUAAAAGUCCCUUUUUUUCACUUUAACCAAGUCCUGUGAGUGCAUCCUCAGUUUUGAUUUUUGUAUAUUUCUGACGUUUGGGAUAUAGCACCCAGGCUAUUAGUUCUUUCUUAUUACUUAAAGGAGAGUGCCAAACAUCCUGUUUUUUUUAGAUUAUAUAUAUAUAUAUAUAUAUACACACACACACACACACUACAGCACCCCUCACACUGCACCACUACACACAUUACGCUCCAGAUACACGCUAGAUCCCUUACCCUAUAUGCACUCUUAAUCCUCUACACACACACACACAAUCUUCUAUACACACUCUGGGUCCUUUACACACCAGAUCUCUUACACACACACACUGCACCACCUACACACACACUACAUUCCUUGUAAGCAAACACAUACAACAUUAUCUAAAUACACCCUCUCUACACACAGUAGUGUGUGUGUAUAAGUGACACACACUACAUCACCUAUACACACACACUACUGCCGUAUGCACACACUCGCUACAUCCCCUAUAACACUAUGCCCCUAUACACGCACUCUCUACAGCCCCUAGCCACACAUAUUACACCACAAAAUUGACCUAUUUACACAAUACCACACCACACUCUACACACAGGCAAUCCCACAAGCAUGCGCCAAACACAUGCACCAUACACUUUCCUGGCCCUUUUGUCCUCUGGUAUCCCACUUGUGGAGACACCAGAGACAAUUUAAAGCAAACACAGCGCAAGCAUGUUAUUACAUUUGCUUGCGCUGCGCAGAACAAAUACAGGGCCUUUUUCUAAUGCUAGAGCUCUUCAGCGGGGCUCUGCGCAUUGAACCAACAUGCUCACUUUCUCUGGCCCCGCCCCCUUUUUGGGGGGCCGCUCUAAUUGAAAAAUGCCCGGGCCUAAUUUUUUCCCCAGUCCGGCCCUGGCUGGCCCGCCUCUUGCCUCAGGACUAUGGGCCCUGCAAUAUACCUUGCCCAAUGCACUUUAAAAGGCUCUGUUCAUGUGAGGUAUGUACUUUUGUACUCCAGACAGAGAGACAGACCGUUAGCCCUAAUUCUCUGGAACUGUUUUGGGCAUGAGACUAUGCGGGCGGUCGGUCAAAAUUAAGACUUCCAGGAAAUUCCUGAACCCCUGAACUGAUCUGGGAGAUUUUUGGAUAUGUUGGUCACCCAGAUCAGGGCUAUCAAGGGAUGUAACAUUUGUGUUUUUUUUUUUAAUUUUUUAGGGUACUUUUGGGGUGUUUGGGAAAAAGUGUGUUUGGAGAUAAUUGGAUUAAAUUAGUACAGUUCCUGAUCCAAUUAUCUCCCAGGCACAGAGGAGGGAUUAUCUGAUUUUGUAUGGGAGUGUCCUGGACCUGAGAGCCAAUGUGAUUGUGUAUUUAUUUCUACUGUGGUUUGCUCUCAGGUCCGGGGGGGGGGGGGAGUGCAGCAAUACAAAAACACAAAAAUAAAAUACAGAUUUUUGUGUAACAGAAAUAAUAUAUAUAGAGAACUUAACUUGAUCACAGCUUCCCCCGGCAGCCUUCCCACAGGGAUACCCAGCCAAACAGAAAUAUUUACAUUGGAAAGGGGGAUGCAGCUGUUGUAACCUAAAAAGCAAUUAGCAGCACAUAGUGUGAUAAAGUAUUAAGCAUGUAUGAAAACAUGCUACUGGAAGCACUCACAGAGUUAAAUCAGUCAAAAGCACCUUCAAGGUGCCUCCCCUAGUCCCCUAGGGGGGUUGGUAAAGAUCCACCUCUCACUCUUUAAAAAAUGCAGGAACCGGAACAAAGCAGCAAUCAAAAAAUGUAUAAAUUAUUUAUUUUAAAAAAAGGCAACUGGUCCUACGCGUUUUGUUCUAAGAAUAGAACUUCCUCAGGGACCUUUAUAAUAUAUAAAAUAAUUAUGUACAAUAACAAUAUGCAGUUAAAAACCUGCUUAAUUCCUACCCUCCCAAAGUUUAUAUUAUAUAGCACUCCUCAGUCAUUGGUGGUGUAGUGGGGGUGUUCCUAGUUUCCUCCAUCUGUGUAAUUACCGUCAUGUUCGUCAGCUGUCUUCAGAUGUUCAUCCCGAUCAGGAUGUUUCACUUCCCGGGGGGGUGCCCCUUGCAUGAGCACUGUCAUAAAAGGCCAGUUGUGGCUACCAUUAAAGUGAGAUUCCUUUUACCCUUCAUGAAGUCUAGUCUAGGCUCAUGUUUGGGGGAUUAGAGAGCUAUAUUCACACUCUGUGGAUUGCUAUAAUCACCAUACUCUCUUGGAACAAUUGCUCUUAGCCUGCUUCGCUCUCUGGACUAGGAGAGGUCUACCCACUGGAAGCUAGAUCCUGGUCUUGGGUCCAGGGUGGGUGGACAGUGAGACCCCAAACCAAGCUGCGGCGGUGUAAGGACAUGAAGAGGUGCUGCCCUGUGACAGCACUGUCCCUUUAAAUGUGGGAACCAACUUAGCGGAGAAAUAAUGCAAGGACAUGAUGAAUGGAGCAAUCAAGAAAAUAUGUAUUAAAGAAAGCCAAAGGAUAUAAUAUACAAAAACAAAAAAUGUACAAUGCCACAAAUAUAUACAGUUGCAAGAAAAAGUAUGUGAACCCUUUGGAAUGAUAUGUAUUUCUGCACAAAUUGGUCAUAAAAUGUGAUCUGAUCAUCAAUAAUAUCACAACAAUAGACAGUCAAUAAAAACAUGGCAACAUUUCAAUAAAAACAUGGCAACAUUUCAUUCUUUGUGUGUUAUUAGUUUAAGCAGACUGUGAUUGUCUAUUGUUGUGACUAGAUGAUGAUCAGAUCACUUUGUAUGACCAAUUUGUGCAGAAAUCCAUAUCAUUCCAAAGGGUUCACAUACUUUUUCUUGCAACUGUAUAUAUACACAAGAAAUAAAUACAAAUAGAGCCGGCAGAGUACACUUGAUAGUCCUUAGGCAGGAUCGUGCAGCCACCACAGAAUAUAAGUGGGGCACGGAUCCUAAACCACCAAGCACUAAAUAAAAAACACCAAGGAGCAAAGCCCAAAGCAGGUCACACGUAAAUAAGGCAGCAAGGUCAGAAUCACUGGAAAUGAAGUAUAGGCAGGAACACUGCAAGCGAACACUGGAACGGGAGGCACAGGACCAGGCAGAGACGAGAACACAGGACCAUAAGGACAUGGGAACAGGAACACAGGAUCAGGAUGAUCAGGAUACAAGACACAGGAAACAGCAGGUACAGGAUGAAGGAUAAUGAUCUGACAGAGAGUGAGGGGAGAAACCAGAAUAUAUAGGUGCUAAACAAGGGCCAGGUGUAGUGCUUAACGAAAAGAAAUGAGAAACAGUGCCAAACAGAAACAGUGGUGAGUGUGAGUGCUGCACGAGGGCAUAUUAACUAAGGAGUGUCGUGACAGGCGGUUUGUGAGGUUUACGGGGGUUAUGGUGUUGCAGUGCAGUGCUUAUGGUGCUUGCGAGUACUAGGAAGCAGCAUUGAUGGGGGUACCGGGUCGGGGUGCCAGGCGGUCCAUCACAAGCUCUAUGUGCUUAAGUUCUAAAAUGGGCUAGGUAUGGUGUGGCGAUGUUUGUGGUAGCAUGAACGUGUCCUUCUUAGAUUGUCGCCGUCAGGUAAGGUUCCCCUUGGUAGGGGGUCUUUUUCUUUAAGUAUAGUAGGGAGUACUCUUGGGCGUCAUUUAGAAGUAGGUCAUGUCUAGAAGUAGAUUAGUCGGUUCAUGGGACGCUUGUUAGGCUAGUGUGGUGGUGGUUUGCUUUGUGUAAGCUAGGGAGAUUGGGGCAAUGGCCUGUGUCUAGUGGUGCCGGAACUUGCGUACUGUGGUUACACCUGCUCUCACCCAAGCUGGUUUUUCCCCAGUCCCACAAGUGCACCGUAGUGGGUGGGUGUUAUACAUCAUGCGUCACCUGAGCUUGCUUGCUUGCCAAGUCUAGUCUGAGUAGGCUUGGAUAGUUUUGUCAUUUGAUAGGUAUAUCAUCAAGGUAAAUAUUAGGCAAACUGAAGGUACACUAAACAGAAACAUUAAAAGCAAAGAAAACAUAAACAGUGGUAUGCUUGUGUAGGUGGCGCAGCUUUCAGUUUAGGACCACCAUCUGCUCCGCUGGUUAAGAUUGGCGUGUUUGCCAAAGUCCCUGGUUCAGUGCGGGGUAUUCCUGUGGUAUUGUUGAGGAGUCCCAAUGUGGUGAGCAAGGCUGGGCCCUAUUCCGGGUCAGAAAUCUUGUAGUCUUUGUCAUCUUUGGUUACCCAUAAUGAUCUAGGGGUUGUCCACCUGUACGUGAGUCCUGCAGUUUGUAGAGUGGCUUUUGCGCCCUACUAGUGUGGUCCUGCUUGUAGAGUGGCUUUUGCGCCCUACUAGUGUGGUCCUGCUUAAGUCCUGGAAAAAGGCAAUUUGGCACAUUUAAAAUUCGUAUGGUGUAUUCUCUUUGAUGGUGGCCAUUAGGGCUCAUCUUAUAGCAUUUGGCACCAUAAGAUGAGGUCUCGGGGGCAGCGUGCAGAGCUUGUGUGGAUUUGGCGAUCCGGUAUACGCCAUCAAAGGUGAAGUGUUUGGCUUGUCUUGCUGGUAAGAGUGAGGUUACUAGACGCCUUAUUAAAUUUGGCAGUUCAUCCGAUUCCAAAACCCCCCUGAUUUUUACAUACUUCCUCCUGCCUCUGUCAUCCAACAGGUUGACUUGCCUGUUGAGGGUGGUGUGUGAGGCUUGCAUGUUUUACUGUGUCUCCCAGUUCUUUCAGGUCUUGUCGCAGGAUUUCCACCUCCUCCUAUGUGGCCUGGAUACGAGCUGUGGCUGUUUGCACUUCAGCUGCGAGACCCCUUUUGUUGGAGAUUGCGUUGGAGUCCGGCCAGCAUGUCUUGGAUAUCCUGUUUGGUCCUUAGGGCAACCACCCCAAUGUUCUGAGGGGUCUCCCUUUCUGUUGUGGCUGCAACCAUGCUCUGUGGAGAGUCUUCCUCCUCUGACCAUGUGAGUGAUGCCUCCAGGGUGGUCUGGGUCUGUGCUGGUGGUGGAGUUUGCAGCAUGAGGGCUAUGUUCCGUUGUGGCGUGGGAGUGUGUGGGAUCGGUUUUUGAGACCUCCAUCCCAUCUCCUCAGGGGUGUAGAUGUAUGGUGCAGUGAGCUGUGUGCCAGAUUCAAACCACGUUGCUAAUUCUCCAGCUAGGUCUCUUGGCCAGGCACCUGUGUGGUAGGCCACAGUGCCUCUCUUGCGGCAUGAAAAAAAGGCAUCUGCAGGUUCGGCAGAAUGCCCGAAGAUGGUGCAUGCACCUUGUAUCAGCAGGCGGGUCGUGGAUUAGCUGAUAUCAGCCGGAUUCUGCACUAGGCUGUUGGAGCCUUUGGAAAUGGCGACCGCUACAGUGUGCAGCCAGGCUCAGCCCUUUGUAUAGGGGCUUUAUUAAAUUAAUACUUAUUAAAGAACCAUAAAAUACAUUUUCAUUCCCUCUUCUCUGUUGUUACAUUGAGGGGAGGGGGCAUGCUGAUCUUUGGUGGUCCAGUGUGCUUGGAAUCACACACACACAGUUACAGACACACAGACAGACACACACACACACACAUGGUUACAGGCAGACAGUUGUACAUAUUACAUAAUACAAGGAGGGAGCUGCAAGUGACAAAUGAAUAGCUGAAAUACCUGGCCGACUUUCAAACAAUAGCGAAUGCCCAAGUAUUUAACUGGGCAAGCGCAGGAAUUUCACAACGCUAUUUAGUGUGGGCUGAUGAUGUGUCCCACAGGGCCUUCAUCUGCCCACACAAAGAAGGCGGCACCCAGGACCUAGGUCCGGGUAUGAAAUAAAGAUGAAAAAGAAGGUAAAAUGGGGGGCCUAAGGGCAUUUAGGAGUUGCAAGGGGGACAGCUAGAAGGGUUAAAAAAAACAAAAAAACAGAUGCAGCCAUAACAGUGCCAUUUUAAAAAGAUUUACAAGAAGACUUAUAAUAGUAAGUAUAUAUUUUUUUUAUUUUACAGGUAUUAGUUUAAUGUCCCUCAAUAUUAUUAUGUUGAGGUAGGAUUGGUAGGAUUAUUUUAUAUUAAUCAGGUGGUGAAGGCUAGGGGCUUGGGGAACCCUAGCUACCAAUGUGUGUUGGCUGAAGGGGGACUAUAGCUCCUCCCCCAUUGUGUUGCAAAGUUAUCAAUGGGUGGGGACAUUAGGUCUUCCCCAAGUCAUAUUAUACUAGUUCCCAUCUGGGGGGGAAGAGCCAUUUUGCAAAUGCAAAAUCCAGCCGUUUUUAAAUAGCGUGGACAAUGUCCAGAUUUUUCAGUCCAAAUGGCCCUGCACAGCACCAGAUGGUUUUGCCCCGUUAGGGUCAGGGCUGUUCGAACUCCCAGGUAUAACCCUGUGGAUGAACUGCCAUGGUGUUUUAUAACAUUUGCAAAUGUAGUUCACUAAUAAAUUGAAAACAAGAUUGUGGUCCCCAAACUUGGUCUGUCUUCAGCCAUUGGCUCCGUAUUGAUAAAUCCUCUAAUGUUUCACUUAUAUCUGCUUGUUCACAAACACCAGAACUGGUGGAGGAUUGAUAAGGGAAUUGAAUAUUUGAGGUCAUAGUAUCAGAGCUGGAAGCAUUGUUAAAGAUUUUUUUUCUGUUCCACUAUUUUCCCUCAAACGUUUCAUUCCUUUAACAAUUCUCUGCAAUUGAAGUUUAAGUAAAAAACAAACAAAAAUGUUACUUUUAUAUUUUAAUACCGUAGUCAAAUUGUAUUACUGUAGUCUCAUGUGAAAAUAACACAAUCAGAAUUCCAUAAAUUGAAAAUGUCUUUUUUUUCCUCAGUCAGCACUUUACCCCCAUUGAUUAGUAUAACAAAGCAUUCAACUCAGGGAUCCAUCUCUUCACAGAACAAAGGUGAUGUCUCAAAAAAUAUAACUGUUGAACAUGUUGAAAGCUCACUGGCAUAUACUCAAACAUUUGUCUGUGCAAGUAGUGAUGAAAAGCUGUGAAGAAUUAGGAAUUGCAUGAUUUAUACCAUUAACAACUGCAAACUCUUACAGAAGACUUAAUAACCAGUUUCUUACCCCCUCCAUCAUUAGCCACCAAGUUAAUACAUAUUUAAGGGAUUCUCCACUGCCCAAAUUGAAAAUAAAUAAAAUUCACUGUUUAGUAUAUAUACCCAACAUGAAAAUCUGCCUUAAUUGUGUAUUUUUUCUUUGGGAAUAUAUCUAAAGACAGCUUGCAAAACCUGCAGAUUUCUUGUUUGCUGCCUUUGCAAGCCCUCCCCAUCUAGCCCCACCCAGACUUUCUGUGGCUGUCCAAUCACAGACUUUCUAAUGCAGCUCAAUGAGAAUUCUUUGUAAGGCAGGUGCUCUUAGCAAUUGCUGCCUCUGGAGUUUAGCUAAUUGAGCUAAUCAAACCAGGAAGUAAAAGGUCCUGUUGUCUGCUUGAAAGUCAGGGGGAUGUUAACAGGUUAAUUUAUAUUUCUAUUGAAAUUUGCACUCUUUAAAAUGUCCCUUUAAAAUGUUUUGCAUACAAGUUUUUUGUUUAAAUGCUACAUUCAAACUGUCAAAGGAACACUAUAGCCUUAGGAAUAUGAACCUGUAUCCCUAAUGUUAUAGUGCCCCUGAGCUUAACUAAACAUAGGCAAAUCAGUUUUCCACAAAAAUAUUUAAAAAAAAAAUUUUUUUACUGCUGCUCACCUCUCCUCCUCCUGUCACUUCCACGUAUCCAUAUAAAUUAAGUUGUUAUGGUGCCAGGUGGUUAAACUGUUGGAGAACGGUUUAACCUACAAUUUGCCUCCAGCACUGGUCUUUACUUCCCCUCUGGCGUCUUCCAGCUUCUGAAUUUUCACAGAAUUUUCAAGCUGACUGGAGGCAACUUAGGUGGUAAACUGUUCUUGAACUGUUUAACCCCUUGUGGUAAGAGUGCCUCCAGAUGCCUCCUGGCACCAUAACAACUUCAUUUAGAUGAAGUUGUUUUGGUGCCGGGAGUGGCCUUUUAACAUAGUAUUGUGUGAAAAAAGUAUUUCUUUUUUUAAAAAUGUGCAUGUUGUCUCCUCAGCCAGCACUGCACCUCCAAAGAUUAGUACAACAGAGUCCUCAACUCAGGGAUCCAUCUCCUCCGGCAGCAAAAGUGAUCUUCCAAAAGGUGGUAUAACCAUAAAACCUGUUCAAAUUAGAGGGAUGCCAGUGAGCUGUGAAAAGACGUUUCAGAAAACCCCAUCUGUAUCCUCACGUAUUGUAGGGGGGCUGGUAGCUCUCCCAGCAUCGCAUCCUUACAUGGCGGCACUGUAUAUCAGCAGUCACUUCUGUGGUGGGGCACUUAUCUCUUCCUGCUGGAUUCUCACGGCAGCUCAUUGCUUGGAACGCAGGUGAGAUUUCUUCUUUUUACACCUAAUUCUGGGGUUCAAGUGAGAGCAUUUUGCUGUAUAUCCCAAACACAAAAAUUUGUAUUUCUUGAAUUCUUGAGAUUCAUAUACUGUGCUACAAGGUGCAUCCUAAGAAUCCUUGCAUCUCAACUGACUCUGUCAGUUUGCUUAAAGGGAAGGGUGUGUGUAAAACCUGGAUCCAUGCAUAUAACCAGUGGUGUAUUCUGGUUUUGUGCUGCCCUAGGCAUGACAAAACUCGGGCACCCCCCCACUCCCCCUCCAAAUUUCUCUUCCUGACACAGGCCCUCACUAAUAUAUGCAAAGAUAUACACUCACUUACAGAUACACAGUCAUUGUCACACACACUGUUUAACCAACACACACUUUCACUGAAACAUACACAUUCAAAGACAUACACACUCACUCAUUCACACACACACACACACACAUUCACCGACAGACACACAUAUACACUAAUUGACAGACACGCAUUCAACGACAGACACAUACCCAUUCACUGCCAAGACACACAUGCACACUCACUAACAGAAAUACAUACACAUUCACUCAGUGUCAGACACACUGGGACACAUUCACUGACAGAUACACACUGACAAACACAUACAGGGAGUGCAGAAUUAUUAGGCAAGUUGUAUUUUUGAGGAUUAAUUUUAUUAUUGAACAACAACCAUGUUCUCAAUGAACCCAAAAAACUCAUUAAUAUCAAAGCUGAAUAUUUUUUGGAAGUAGUUUUUAGUUUGUUUUUAGUUAUAGCUAUGUUAGGGGAUAUCUGUGUGUGCAGGUGACUAUUACUGUGCAUAAUUAUUAGGCAACAACAAAAACAAAUAUAUACCCAUUUCAAUUAUUUAUUAUUACCGAGUGAAACCAAUAUAACAUCUCAACAUUCUGAAUAUACAUUUCUGACAUUCAAAAACAAAACAAAAACAAAUCCAAUAUAAUACCUUUCUGCAGGACACUCAAAGCCACUGCCAUCCAUGGAUUCUGUCAGUGUUUUGAUCUGUUCACCAUCAACAUUCGCGCGUGCGCUUAGCAACCACAACCUCCCAGACACUGUUCAGAGGUGUACUGUUUUCCCUCCUUGUAAAUCUCACAUUUGAUGAUGGACCACAGGUUCUCAGUGGGGUUCAGAUCAGGUGAACAAGGAGGCCAUGUCAUUAGAUUUUCUUCUUUUAUACCCUUUCUUGCCAGCCACGCUGUGGAGUACUUGGACGUGUGAUGGAGCAUUGUCCUGCAUGAAAAUCAUGUUUUUCUUGAAGGAUGCAGACUUCUUCCUGUACUACUGCUUGAAGAAGGUGUCUUCCAGGAACUGGCAGUAGGACUGGGAGUUGAGCUUGACUCCAUCCUCAACCCGAAAAGGCCCCACAAGCUCAUAUUUGAUGAUACCAGCCCAAACCAGUACUCCACCUCCACCUUGCUGGCGUCUGAGUCGGACUGGAGCUCUCUGCCCUUUACCAAUCCAGCCACGGGCCCAUCCAUCUGGCCUAUCAAGACUCACUCUCAUUUCAUCAGUCCAUAAAACCUUAGAAAAAUCAGUCUUGAGAUAUUUCUUGGCCCAGUCUUGACGUUUCAGCUUGUGUGUCUUGUUCAGUGGUGGUCGUCUUUCGGCCUUUCUUACCUUGGCCAUGUCUCUGAGUAUUGCACACCUUGUGCUUUUGGGCACUCCAGUGAUGUUGCAGCUCUGAAAUAUGGCCAAACUGGUGGCAAGUGGCAUCGUGGCAGCUGCACGCUUGACUUUUCUCAGUUCAUGGGCAGUUAUUUUCGCCUUGGUUUUUCCACACGCUUCUUGCGACCCUGUUGACUAUUUGCAGAUGAAGCGGCAGUUGUUCGAUGAUCCGCGCUUCAGAAGCUUUGCAAUUUAAGAGUGCUGCAUCCCUCUUCCAAAGAUAUCUCACUAUUUUGACUCUGGAGCCUGUCAAGUCCUUCUUUUGACCCAUUUUGAAGGAAGUUGCCCUAAUAAUUAUGCACACCUGAUAUAGGGUGUUGAUGUCAUUAGACUACACCCCUUCUCAUUACAGAGAUGCACAUCACCUAAUAUGCUUAAUUGGUAGUAGGCUUUCGAGCCUAUACAGCUUGGAGUAAGACAACAUGCAUAAAGAGGAUGAUGUGGUCAAAAUACUCAUUUGCCUAAUAAUUCUGCACUCCCUGUAUACAACACUAACUGACAGACUAAUAUGCAGUGUCAGACACAAACAUUGACUGACAGACACACAUACACUAGCUGACAGAUACAUACUGACAGACAUACACAUUCACUGACAGACACACACUCUCAGUGACAGACACACAUACACACACUGACAGACACGGAUACACACACUGACACACACUGAAAGACAAAUUCAUACACUGACAGACACGCAUACACAUACUUACAGACACACACUCUUCGUGACAGAUACACACACUGACAGACACACAUACACACUCACUGACAAACACGUAUACACUCUCAGUGACAGACACACUCACUAAUAAACACACUCUCACUAACAGACAUGCCCUACACUCACUAACACACACACACACACUAACACUCACUAACGGAUACACUAACACUCACUGACACACACACACUCACACACACACAGUAACAGACACACACACACUAACUGACACAUACUAACAUUCACUAACAGACACACACUAACACACUCACUAACAGACACACAUACACACAAACUAACACACUUACUAACAGACACACACACUAACACACUCACUAACAAGCACACAAACACACAAUUUAAAAUAAAAAAAACAAUCAAGUUCAAUACACCCAGCCUCUCUACCUUUAGGAGUGGAUUCUUCCUUGAGGUCCAGUGGGGCUGGCUGCAGCUCGGCAGGCAGGCAGACAGGCGCAGAGUGGAGGUGGGCAGCGAGGGAAUGCUGAUCUCCCUGCUCAGCUCCCACGUGUGUCUCUCAGUGAUGCUGGAGCUGCAGUGACGUCAUAUUCCGGCUCUGGCAUCAUUGUGGUGCGCGCGAGUGAGCUGAACUGGGGGAGCUCAGGGGAGAGUGCUCCCUCGCCGCCCACCUCCCAUAUAAGGUAGAUGCCAGAACAAGAGGCUGGCAAGGCAUUUGCCAGGGCGUUUGGGGGGCGGCUUUUUUUCCAGCCCUCCUAAAAGUGCCGCCCAAGGCAAAUGCAUUGUCAGCCUCACACUAGAUACAGCGCUGCAUAUAACUCCACUGCAAAAUGGGUAUUUCAUAACAGAAUUUUUAUAAAAUACUCAUACUGACUGGUUUGGAAUUUCACUGAAAUUCCAACCCAGUCAAGAGAUAUACUGAGAUGAAGUAGGGACUACUUUGUCUUAGUAUUUUUCCUUGGUGGUCUGACACUUCUGAGCGUGCUACCGAGGUCUAGAAGUGUCAAUCUCCAAGCCAUCACCAGUGUUGGCAGCAGAUAUAUUAGCUGUGUCUAUGGAGGAUUCCGCGGUCUUCCGGGUUUCUCCAGAGACUUCAAUGCUGUACUUUUACGCUGAAGAAAAUGGUGGCACACAUGAGGGACAAGUUUAGGUAAGUAAAUCUGACCUUUCCCUGCCCCCCUGACCACCAGCAACGAUGUCAAAGUCAGGGGUCUUUGCAAAUUUUGCAACUUCCCCAGAUGGUGACAGUGCCACUUUAAAUUGACAUAUGAUAUUUUUCUUGGAAUUUAUUUUUUAUUUUUAUUAAAAAAUGCUGUAAUCCAGGAGGAACCCUUUAUACAAUGAAAAAAAUGAAAGGAUCCAGUACGAUCCAACUGUAUUGAACUAAAAAUGCAUGGAUCAGCUUUUACCCUCACCCUAAGGGAAGUUCUAAUUUAGGUAAACGAGUGGCAAACCACUGGUUGAAGGGUUUCCAUGAAUUGACCGUAGGUAGAUGAAUAUUGUAGCUCACAUGGACAGGGCUCUGAGAUAGGCAGCAUGUUAACAGGAUGUGCAAUUUGUUCUUUGCAGACCAGAUUUAAAAGAGAUCUCCGUGGUGUUAGGGCAAAACUUAUUCAACACAACAGACCAUCGCACAAGAAGAUUCACAGUGCAGAAAUAUAUCAUACAUGAGCAGUAUGACGAAGAAACCUUUCAGAAUGAUAUUGGUAAAAUAUUAUAUUGUAGAGCUUAUUUUUUGUACUGAGCAAGAAUAGUAGCUCCAAAUAUAUAGUGACUGGUCUGGAACCAUUACAUUGGUGCAUGGAUCUAAUCGUAGACAAGGGGACUCAAAUAUCUAUUCACUGAAAUGCAAAGGUCUGUAGUUUCACUUUAAUAUUGGAACAUAGUGAAUACAAUCUAUUGUUAUUUGUUUUACUGUUCUAGUAGAUCAAGCAUGUCAAACUCAAAAGCUAGCAAGGGCCAAAUAAACAAGGUUUAAGUUUAUGUGGGUUGCAAAACCCCCCAAAAACUUUCAACCCAGAGAAACACAAACUAAAAUUACUUGUAUCAUUCUCAUGCAAACAAUUUGUAAUCCUGGGUACAUAUAAAUAAUUUACUCGAAAGCUUCACCUCAAGUUACUUACUGUUUCAGUAGUAAUGCCACGGUCUGGAGUGUCCGCUCCGCUCGCUUCCUUAGUCCCUCUGCAAUCUCCAGACAGAGUAAGGUGUGGCUGCACAUUCCGCUUCUACCCCCCUUUCAUCCAUGUCUAUGUUCCGCUCCAUUUCAUUUCUCUCUCCAUCCAUGUCUCUUUACCCUCCGGUCCAUAUUUCUCUCCCAUCCAUGUCUCCCUCUCGUCUCUUCCAUCCAUGUCUCUCACUCCACUCUUCCAUCCAUGUCUCCCUCUUCCAUUCAUGUCUCCUCCCCUCUACCAUCCCUGUCUCCCUCUUCCACUCCCUCUCAUAUCUCUCUCCCCCACAUCUCCCUCCCCCUUCCAUUCAGGUCCCCCACCCCAUGUCUCCCUCCCUACCAAUUCCAUCCAUGUCUCUCUCCCCCAUCCAUAUCUCCCUCCCCCUUUCAUUCAAAUUUCCCUCCCCCUUCCAUUCAUAUCUCCCUCUCCCCCUUCUAUUCAUAUCUCCUUCCCCCACCUUUCAUUCAUAUCUCCCUCCCUCCCAUUCAUAUCUCUGUCUCUCCCUUCCAUCCAAAUCUCCCUCCACCCAUUCCAUCCAUUUUUCCCUCCCCCCUUCCAUUCAUAUCUCCUUCUCCACCUUCCAUCCAUAUCUCCCUCCCCCCUUCCUGACAUAUCUCCCUCUCCCCCUUGCAUUCAUUUCUCUACGUGACUACAUAGUCACCUAACACCCGGUGCUCCUACGGAGAGCGGGAGGGGGAGAUGGUCUUCCUCCCAGUCUACUGUGCGUGCGACUCCAUAAGGGGGCGCAGGGAGUGCAGGCCGAGGUGGACGCUAAAAACACUUGUCGGUCAGAAGAGUGAUUUGUGUGCCCCCUCAACUGGCGUCCCUGAUUGGCUGGGCCGCAAGGAAGUUCCUUGCUCGCUUCAUGUGGCCCAUGGGCCGCACCUUUGACAUGCUUGUAGUCCAUCAUCCCAUACCCCGUCCUGUUUCUAGUAAAUUCUCAAACCACUUGAUGACCACCAGCUCCCUUCCAAUUCCUUGCUCAAUUUUUAUAAAAUAAGGGCUAUGUAGCCUUUUAUUCAGGGUUACAAACCACUAUAUUUACUGAUCACUGGGGGAAUCAUUCAAAUAAACUGUAGUUAUUGAUUGGUGCUAGUGUAGUAGAAAAUUGUGUAUCAGUGGUUGGGCAGCCAGAAAUGCACAAGAUAAAAAAGAUAAAACGCUUAGGAAGUCAGGGACACAGCACUGGAAACAUUUUUAUUAUGUCUGAAUGGUUUCCUUUGCAAAGGAGAGUAAUAAAUAUCCGUGAAGCAUUUCUGACUGAUUACUUGAAAAGAACGUGUCAUUUUUAUGCAAAGUUCCAAAUGUAGAGAGAGUCCAGACACACAGAUUCCAUCACACCCCAGAUUCUUUAUUGGAAUAAGCACAACAUGACAAUGUUUUGGCCAAUAGAAAUGGCAUGUCUGAAGUCAUGAGUUGAGAAAGGCCGUCUCCAUCAGCACACACUUUGUCAUGUUGCACUUAUUUCAAUAAAACAAUCUGCAGUAUGAUGGAAUCUCUUUCUACAUAUGAAGGUAUUCAUGGUGUUUCUCCAUGCCCUGAGUUUGGAUCUCCAGGAUAUUAUUUGGAUUAACUACCUGAUAGGGUGUGUGCAGACAGUAUUGGAAACAUAUCGUCAUGCAAAGUAACUGAGCUGUUUUCUGCUCUCUUAGCGCUUAUGCAGCUGAAGUCUGAAUCUGAUGUUUGUGCUGAAUUCACACAGUUUAUACAACCUGUGUGUCUACCACAAAACCCAAAGAAGAAUGAACCAAACAAGCAGUGUUCAGUGAUUGGAUGGGGCCACCAGUAUUAUGGUAAGGAAAAAUCAGACUCAACAAUAACAGAGUUAAGAUAAAAAGGCAGUGCUAACACAAUUACAUUUAUUAACGAACCUCUGGAUAUGUUCUAAUUUCACCUGUACUUCUAUAUACUUAGGAGCUGAAGGCUAUGCAUUGUUUCUACAGGAAGCACACAUCCCAAUCAUUCCUGAAACACAAUGUAAAUCUCCAAUCGUCCAUGGUAAUAAGAUGUUGCCAGGAAUGUUGUGUGCUGGCGUCAUGGAGGGAGGAGUAGAUGCAUGCCAGGUGAGUUUGUCUCCUAAAGAAACGUACAUAAUGGGAGCUAGUAGAUUUCCUUUUAGGGCCCCAGUACCAAGAAAGAGGUCUUUCACUUCAUCCUGCACUUUAUAUAUAAUCAAAAUCUUACAUUUGUUUUGUCUCUUUGACUGUCUGUGUCUCUCGCUGGCUCUGACGAUUUACCAUCUGUCAAAUAAAGGGUAAGAUUCCUUUGUUGACUUAUAUACUGUAAAUAUACAUAUGUGUACAAAGAAUAAUUCUACAGUUUUGACACAGCAUAUGUUUUACAUAACAUAUAAUAUAUAGUACAUAUAAUAUUUAUUCUUAUAAGGGCUUAAAAUAUUAGAGGAGCUUUAGUUAUAUGAACCUACAUCUCCAUCAGACAUGCAGACAUAAAUGCUGUUUAGAAAUCCAAUGUCUUUACCGAAGUAAACUUACUUUGACACCCUUCAAAUCAUGUUGGUAUGUAACACAUCUUCACCAACUUUUAUUUACCCGUUACCCUCACCACUAACAUUUGAUUAUUACCCAUGUCCACAAAUAUAUAUUUUAUAACAACACCAUGAGCUAUGUACCAUGAAGAAAAAAGAGAAAGGUAUCUAUAUUUAAAGAACCUUUCUAAAACCAGGGGGUUUAGCAAUAUUCUCAUGCAUGUGUUUUAGUUCAACUUAAAAAAAAUAAAUUAAAAAAAAUUAUAACCUUGAUUGUUCACUUACAGGAAAUGAAAUAUAAAGGAAAUUAUUUUAGCAGAACUGAUAAUAGGGAGACUAGCAUUUCAAAUAACAUACUAAUUUAUGGUCAGGAAACCCUUUCAUUUUCUCUAUAAGUUAUUGUGCUUGGGGCCUAAAUCAGUCACCCAGAAUGUUGACAUCCAUUCAAUGAAAAAAAGAAAAAAGCCUGUCAAGAACCCUCUUCCUACCCAGAUACUGGUUCUAUUUUUUCUGAGUACAGGAAUUUAAUUUAGUUUGGUUGGAAUACAAGUUACAAUGGAUAAAAAAAAACCAAAAAAAAAAACAUUUUCUUGCUAACCUCAACAACAUGAAGGAAUGAAAACUAAUAUUAAACAGUUAUUCUUUGUACUUAGUUUUAGUUGGACAGGGCCAUGUUUCAGCUAUAUAAGUUGAUAUUGUUUCUGGAUGUGAUAUGAUGCCUACAUGACAAAAAUAUAGGCAAAAAACAAAAACAGAAGAACAGCCUCCAGAACAUCCAACUUCAACAAGUCUAAUCUCGAGACUUUGGGUCAAGGCAGGCAAGUGGUCUUAACCAUGCUGCCGUUGGUGUCAAGGACAACAUCAAGGACAACAUCCCUAUCUAUAUAGGGGACCAUUCCACUAUGCAUGUUCAACAGCCAUUCUAGAUUACCUUACACCAACCGCUGCUUUAUUGUUUGCAUACAGGCUUAAAUGCAUAGAAAUUAACUCCGUUCUUCUGACUCUGGCCUCAAUUCCAUUCCAUCUGAUAAUGUUGAUAAGCUCCUGAUAAGCCUUUGUUAAAGGAGCAGGUAAAUACCCGUUUGGAAUAACAUUGAUUUAAAAAAAAAAAAAUUGCAUGUCCACCCCGCGUAUGGAAGGGGUCUGGGCAAGACAUUAAGUCCCCCCCGAAUUAUUAAAAUUAUAGCCCCCAACAGGGAACAAGGCAUAACGUGAUCUCCCCCUCCAUUCUUUAGUUUACCGCUCCAAUCCUAUGGGGAACAGGAGGGAAUUUUGGCAGGUCCUCCCUGUAUGUUAACCCCUGAAUGACCCGACCAGUUUUCAAUUUUCUUACCGUGAAGGACCAGGGCUCUUUUUACAUUUCUGUGGUGUUUGUGUUUAGCUGUAAUUUUCCUCUUACUCAUUUACUGUACCCACACACAUUAUAUACAGUUUUCCUCGCCAUUAAAUAGUCUUUCAAAAGAUAACAUUAUUUUCAUUAUAUCAUAUAAUUUACUAUAAAAUGUUUUUAAAAAUUUGCAGAAAUUUUUUUGAAAAACACACCUUUUCUAACUUUAACCCCCACAAUCUGUUGCGCAUCUACAACCGCCAAAAAACACCCAUGAUAAAUAGUUUAAAAAUGUUGUCCUGAGUUUAGAAAUACCCAAUGUUAACAUGUUCUUAGCUUUUUCUUGCAAGUUACAGGGCUAUAAGUACAAGUAGCACUUUGCUAUUUCCAAACUAUUUUUUUUUUUUUAAACUGCAAUUUACAUUGUAACACUGAUAUCUGUCAGGAAUCCCUGAAUAACCCUUCACAUGUAUAUAUUUUUAAAAGACGACAACCUAAGGUAUUAAACUUAUUUUGUAGACAUGUGCAAUUCGUUUCGGUCCAAAUUUAAAUUCGGACGGAUUUCGGCAAUUCGGACAUUCGGAUGCUUUGGAUUUCUGAAAAGUGGCAAAACAGGCGAGAGAGGGAAAAUUAAGGGAAUGAUGACAGGAAUCUAACGCUACCCCUAACCCUACUCCUAAACCUAGGAAUUCCUGCAGUCCCGAAUUCCCGAAGUGCCAAAUUUCGGAACUGCCGAACCGAACCAAAUUUUUUACCCAUGCACAUCCCUAGUAUUGACUAUUUUCAUGCAAACAUUUUACCACCAAUCUAUGCCAACUUUAAAAUAAUAAUAAUAAUUGGUGAUUUUUUUUGACACAGAUAGCAAUUUAAAGGGACACUAUAGUCACCAGAACAACUACAGCUUAUUGAAUUUGUUCUGGUGAGUAGAAUCAUUACCUUCAGGCUUUUUGCUGUAAACAUUGUCUUUUCAGAGAAAAUGCAGUGUUUACAUUACAGCCUAGUGAUAACUUCACUGGCCACUCCUCAGAUGGCUGUUAGAGAUCCUUCCUGGGUCAUGGCUGCCUAAAAUGCAUCCAAACAUUCAGUGUCUCCUCCCUCUGCAUGCAGACACUGAACUUUCCUCAUAGAGAUUCAUUGAUUCAAUUCAUCUCUAUGAGGAGAUGCUGAUUGGCCAGGGCUGUGUUUGAAUCAUGCUGGCUCUGCCCCUGAUCUGCCUCUUUGUCAGUCUCAGCCAAUCCUAUGGGGAAGCAUUGUGAUUGGAUCAGGCUCCCACUUCUGAUGAUGUCAGCACACUGCUUUUUUUCUGAGUCUAACAGCAUGCAGAGUUACAGCUUCAAGCUUGAAUACAGUAAGAUUUUUACUAUAUUUAUGGAUUCAUGAGAGGCACAGGGAGGUUAGAUGGUGGUGUUAACACUGUAGGGUCAAGAAUACAUGUUUGUGUUCCUGACCCUAUAGUGAUCCUUUAAGAAUACAUGUACUGAGAACCUUAAGGGUUACUGCCAGAAAAACACCCAUAUAUGUGUUUAGCAACAUGUCCUGAGUACAGUGAUACCACCCAUGUACAGGUGUGUCGGGUUCUCUGGGGGCUACAAGACCUUAUUUGGAGGGUGCGCAUUCCACUUUUCCAUCAUGCACCCAUGUCCUAUUUGGGACAUUUUUGAUGCCGGCCAAUGUAAUUUAUCCACAUCAAACCAUAUAUUUUUGAAACGUAGACACCCUAGGGUAUUUUAAAUGGUGGUAUUCUAACACUUUCCAUGCACUAAUUCUACCACCAGUCUUUGUCAAAUUUUUCGGUAGUCAUUUUUUUGUGUUAUGUUUCACACACAUUUUACUUUAGGCAUGGAUUCUCAGCUCCUGUUAGGUAUUACUGCCAAGAACACCCCAAUAUGUGUCCAUAAACAUCUACUGAGGACAGUGAUACCAACUAUGCAUAGGUUUGCUGGGUUGUUUGGGGAAUGCAAUGCCAAACUUUUGACAUGUGUUUUUCAAAUUUGACAUAUCUUCUUUGCCUAUCUUCUUUUUGGGGGCCUUUUUAGAUAUCCCAAUUUAUUUUCUUGUCAUGAGCGUGCAUAUAUAUGAAAAGGUUACACCCCAUGGUAUUGUAUAUAGAGUGUCAAAAAAUUUGAGAAAAUGUGUGGUGGUAAUUUUUCAUUUUUACACACACAUUUGUGUGUGAUUUAGGGGAGCCUGUUGUUGGUUAUUGCAAGAAAACACUCCAGUUUGUUUUCUGCAAGGCCUCCUGAGUACACUCAUGCACCCCAUGCAUAGGUUUGCCAGGAUUUUGGGAAGGUUGUGUUACAAUUGUAUGACUUGUAAUUUGAGUUGAAAUUAAGAAUAUUUCUUCUGAUAGGCCUAUCUUUAGUUUGGGACUUAUCACGUACCCCAGUUUUAUUUAUUGCCAUGAAAGUUUAUAUAUUUGAAACGUAGACACCCCAAGGAAUUGUAUAUGGAGUGCUUUGAUGCAACCGUUUUAGCCCAAAAAACUGGAGAAAAUGCUUGGUGGUAAUUUUAAAAUUUUCAUUUUUACACACACAUUGCUUUUUGACUGUGAUUUAGGAGAGCCUGUUGUUGGUUAUUGCAAGAAAACACUCCAGGUUGUUUUCUACAAGGCCUCCUGAGUACAUAGGGUAAACGUAACCAAAAUAAAACUGAACGGCAAAUGUUAAAAAAAAAUAAAAAUGGACCAGUAUGUGGUAUCGUUUGAAGCAGUCCCCAAUGCAGAAUCCAGGCAGUCCAGGGCAAUCAGAACAGUAAUAUACAUUAUCUUUCUCUGCCCCCUCUUAAAACAGACUCUGCAUCUUUUUGGUGGAUUCUGCUUUGCUGCAGUAGGCGGGGUUUUAAAAGAAACUGUGUAGCCCCAACUCUGCUCCUUCCCAUCACCGCCCGGGGAGCAGGUGCAUCAUGGUACAAAAUCCCCGAAAUGAUCUGGAGCUGAAACUGUACAAAAGUCAGUUGCAUUCCAGGGUUUGCUCUUUUGCACCUCAACACCUCUCUUAUAUUAAUAUUCACAACUAUUGUUGUCAUCAAAUAUGUAUUUUGAUUUCAGGAGUUCCUUAGACCUAUUUUAUUGUGGCAAGCAAAUUUUAUGCAGUAUUUGUUCAUAAUUUAGCACAAACAAAGAAAUACACACAGAAAAAGGUGGCACGUUUCAGACUACUUUUAGAACACUUUAAUAAACCAGAACACAUUUUGAAAUCGCCCAAAAAAGAAGCAUGUUUACGUAUAGGUGGAUAAAUCUCCCCCUGCUUUUUAUAUAUUGGUCAGCUGUGACCUCAUACAUGAAGUUCAAGAUGAGCCUACUUGGUUUUGGAGAUGGCAGGACAGGGACGAGGCUAGAUAUGUGUGCCUUGUAGAAUAGGUGUAUCAGCCUAGCAUUCACACAUGGCAUGCAUUAUGCUAGUCAACCAACCAGUUUUAGGACUAUGAAAGCAUUCAUGCAUUGGAUGAUCAUUCUAGAAACUCUUGUGAAAGUUUAGGAAUGUUAUUUUCAUGUUUGCUUAUGAGCUUUUUUUUUUUAAUGUUAAAUUCCUGAUGCCCACUGAGCUGUAGUGGAGACAGAGACCCCAGGUAAGAAGUAAAAUCGCUCUAAAACGGUUUGACUCCUUGCAUUUGGGGAGAGGGGCAAGUAUACAAUGCACUGUAGUGGUUAUGGUGCUUGGAGUGUUCUUUGAAAAGAACCAGAGCUCAAACUAUAUUGAGACAUUCAACAUUUAAAUAAAAUUGUCAUCUAUGUCAAAGGCAACGGCUACAUGUCAUCUUCUAUUAACCUUUUAGUCUCUAUGUUUUUAAAACCUAAUUGUUUCAGGAGUGUCUAUUCGAUUUGAAUGUUACAGUAUCUCUGAUCUAUCAUGCUCAGGCCUGAUUUGAAAAUGGGAUGGGUUUCAGUGUAAGGGAGAUCUUGGAUGUAUGAGUUGUUCUAAACAGAAAAGUUGUCCUACAGGAUGAGCGAUAUUAGCCUGUGGCAUCAGCCAUGGAUUUUACAUGCCUCCUUCUUUUUUUCAAAUGGAAUUCCUUGGUUUGUGAGUUUGACAGUUCCCCCCAAGCAAUGGAUGGCAAGUCCUGACCUGUAUUAUUCUGUAACUACAUUAGAAACAUGUAAUUUGUUAAACAAACAGGAAACUUUUUUUUUAAUUUUAGUCUUUUACUAAAUUGUGAAUAGUUGGAGUUUAUAAGAGUUUUUCAAAAUUUAGGGGGAAAAAAUCAAUAUCUGCUAUUAUUUCAGUUUUAUUAUUUUGGCCAAAAAAAUUAUAAUUCAGUUUGAAGCUGUCAUUUGCAACAGAGAGUAAAUAUUAAACUACUUAUCCCCUGUUCCUAUGGCACAGAUGAGUUUGGUCUUGUUUAUACGUUAAAGGAUCACUAUAGUGUCAGGAAAACAAAGUGGUUUUCCCCGACACUAUAGUGCCCUGAGGGUGCCCCCACCCUAAGGGUCCCCCUCCCUUGGUGCUGAAGGGGUUAAAACCCCUUAAGCCACUUACCUUAUUCCAGCGCCGUGCUCCCUCGGCGCUGGUGACCUCUCCUCCCCCACCGACGUCAGCUCGCUCUGCCGACGUCAGCGGAGCAGAAUGCGCAUGCGCGGCAAGUGCCGCGCGCGCAUUCAAAGUGUCCAUAGGAAAGCAUUUCUCAACGCUUUCCUAUGGACGCUCUGCGCGAUGGAGGCAUAAUAUGCCUCCAGCGUCGCAGAUGCGCCUCGAGUGGCUGUCCGGAAGACAGCCACUAGAGGCUGGCUUAACCCUGCAAUGUAAACAUAGCAGUUUCUCUGAAACUGCUAUGUUUACAUGUGAAGGGUUAAAACCUGAGGGACUUGGCGCCCAGACCACUUCAUUGAGCUGAAGUGGUCUGGGUGACUAUAGUGUCCCUUUAAGUUUGAAACAUGAAACAAAGUAAUACAACAUAGCAAUAGUUAAAUGUGUACUGACAACAUGUAAUUUUACAUGACAAUCUGUUCUGAAAUAUUUAUAUAUUUACAAUAUAAUGUAUAUAAAAUGCAUUGAAUUGGUAAUAUAUUUAUGUUGGCUGCUUUAAAAAAAAAAGUGCUUUUAUCUGGAAUGGAAGAGUUCCUCUUUAAAGGACUUGCAUGGGGGCAUUUUUGACAACUCAUAUGUUUUGUAACUCUUUUGCAAUUUCCAACUUUAUGUGAAAUGUAGUGUUGCACAGAUGUAAUUGAAAGAAGAAAACUAUUGGGCGAAUAGCACAUAUAGAACCAACCAGGGCACAGUGGCGAAAGAAUGCUUGUCAAACCUUCAGAAUUAUCUGCUUUCCAUUGUUCAUUUGACCAAAUUUCUAAUGAAUUCUAAAGACAAGAUAAAACAACAUUAUAGAUUAUAUACAUGGAGAUAAUCUGAACAUGCUCACUGAACUAUUCUAUAGGAAUGUACAGAUUCCUUCCAUUGUGGAUCACUUUGGUGACCUGUUUGUGAACCCUGGGUCAGCUAGGAUCUAAUACCUCUGCCUUUCUUAAUAUUCAGUUAACUUGUAUUCAUAGGGUUCUAUUCUCCAAGUGAAAAAUAGUAACCAAAUAGAGUUCCGUUGUCAAUUUUUGCCUGUUUUAAUCUAUUUGACUAUUCCAAAAAGACAAAUUUGGUUAUGUUAUACCAAGCUAGCAGUUUUAUAUUGCUGCAGUUCGUUAGUCCUUUAAAAUCAGCAAAAGCUCCAUAUAAUAUUGGUGAUUUGGCUUUUCCCAAGCAAACAAAAUGGCUUUAUUUGGAGGCUGCAGUUUUAGGAUACAAACCAGGGGAUUUGCACCUAACAUGGCUAAUUACUAACAAGAGAAUUCUAAGUGGUUUUAAAUUUAAGGCCAGAGUACUCAACGCAAGCUGGCUUACAGAUUUUUUUUUUUGACUUUGGCUUCUCUGACCUUAAAGGGACACUCCAGACCUCUAAAGCACUUUGGCUUGCAGACAUGCUUUAUUUCAACAGAAAUUUUAACUUGGUUACACCCCCUUGGCUUUCAAGCAGACAACAAGUCCUGUUACUCUUUGGUGUAUUUAGCUCAGUGGAGCUAAACAAAAGAGGCAGCAAUUUCUCAGAGCACUUGCCCUGCAAAGACUUCUCCUGGAAAUCUGACACAGAAAGACUGAACAGGUUUAGAAGGGAAGGACUUACAGAGGCUGCAGACAAAAGAACUGCAGAUUAUGCAAGCUGUUUUUUGGAUGUACCACAAUGAAAAAUGCAUAAUUACAUGCAUGGAAGUUUUUAUUUGAGGUAUAUAUACUAAAUAGUGAUUUUGAUUACUUUUGUAUUUGGGUAGGGGAGUGUCUCUUUAAAGGGACAAUUUAGGCAUCAAAACAACUUUAACUUAAUUAAGCAGUUUUGGGUGUAUUGAUCAUGCCCCUGCAGUCUUACUGCUCAAUUAUCUGCCAUUUAACAGUUAAAUUACUGUGUUUCCAUUUAUGCAGCCCUAGCCAGCCUGCAAAUGUGAUAAGUAUUAGUAUCUUAGUAGAUCAGUGACCACAGGGCCUGCUUGAGGUCUAGGAAAAGCCACGUAGGGAGAAUCCACAAAGGGAUAAGGGGAAAAGACCAUAAGGGAAAGGUGAGUUAAGAGACCAUAACGUGACAUGGGGGAUGAGAGACCAUAAUGGGCAAAGACCACAAAAGGAUGGGGGAACACAGAGGCACACAGAGAGGUGGGGCACAAAGGGGCUGGGCAGACAAAAAGGGGCUCACACAGAGGGGCUGAGGGAGGGGUAAAGAGACACACAGAGGGCUGAGGGGGCAAAUAUACAUGAGACACACAGAGGGUCUCGGGACAAAGAGACACACAAAGUGGCUAAGGGGACAAAGAGACACACAGAGAGAGGGUGUGGGGGCAAAUACCUGUAGACACACAGAGGGGCUGAGGGGCAAAAAGACACAGAGAGGCUGGGGGAGCAAAGAGACACACAUAUGAGCUGGGGAGACAGAGGGGCUGGGAGGACAAAGAGACAGACAAAUAAGUUGGGGGAAAAAGACACAUAAAGGGGUUGGGGAAAGAAAGAGACACACAAAGCUUGAACAUUUUGUUAUGGGUGGAGUGAAGGAGUGCAAGUAGCUAGUCUUGCUUAGUGCAAAAAUUGUCCUGCACCAGCCAGAUUGACCAGUGAAUACUGGCAGAGAAAUGCAUUCCUCUAUAGACUGGGGUGAAUAUAUAUACUCCCCAUAUUUAUUUAAUAUAUAUUUAUUUAAAUAUAUAUAUAUAUAUAUAGUAUAAAUGAGGGUGAACGAGACUUUAUGGACUAGAUUUCAUUCUGCAAAAACAUGAAAACAUUAAUAUUUAUACUCACGCUGUAGUGAAGGGGUUAAAAUAUUUAAGUAAGUAUUCACUGAUAAAACAUUUACAAUAAUAUUCUAUGUUCUUGGGAUAAAUAGGCAUGCCCAAGAUGGAGAUGAACGAUCCAUUUACAACUUGGUUGUCACCAUUGGAAUCUGCUCUGCAACAAGCACUUAUUAUGUGAAGAAUGUACCAAUCAAACAGGAACUCACAAAACAGUAGGGAUGUGCAUGGGGAAAAAAAAUUUGGUUCGGUUCGGCAUUCCGAAAUUCGACACUUCGGAGGUUCUGGACUUCGGAUGUUCUCUUGCAGCCGCUUAGUAGAUAACUCCCUAAUUCCCACGGUAUUAAAGAUUACUUAGUAUUAGUAAAAAAUUUUUAGUAAAAAAAAUCCAGUGUCCUCCCUCUCAAACCCUUCACCUGUGCCGCGCGAGGCGGGCUUUUAAACUGAAGGGGGGACCUUAUGUCCUCCUUGGCCCCCACCCCUGAGCAGCAGAUGGGGACCCAAAAUACCAAUAUGGGGGGGAUCUAUUGUCAUCAAAUUAGAAUAAGAAGGGGGGGACCAAUUAGGCUGAGAGCACACUGUUGUCAUUGGUCUGUGACUUUACUGUAGUUCCACACAAGUGCUUUCCAUCAACCAAUCAGAGUGUUAUGAGUCAAAUUACACAGCGUGGGGAAAUUUCAAAGAAUUUUCCCAUGCUGUGUAAAAUGACACAGAGCACUCUGAUUGGUGGUGGAGGCCAGGGGGGAGGACACUAGGUUCCCCCCUUAUUCUAAUUUAGGGCUCCCACAUGGAACUUGUGGGGAACUACAGUAAAGUCACAGACCAAUGACAACAGUGUUUACACUCCCAUAUACAAACAUACAAUCCCUCCCCUCUGCCUGGGAGAUAAUUGAGUCAGAUACUGUAUUAACUCAAUUAUCUCCAGGCCUGAAAAAACACAUAUUUUUAUAAAACCCCAAAAGUACCCCUAAAACCAACGUAAAUCCUAUAAAAGUUAUAUCCUGAUAGCCCCGAUCUUGGUGAACAACCUAUCCAAAAAUCACCCAGAUCGGUUCAUGGGUUCUGGAUUUCCACGGAGGUCUUAUUUUAACCAACCGCACACAAAAUUACUGUCCAAAAAGAGUUCCAGGAAAUCAGGCUGUGUGGUCGGUCUACUUCGGGGAUUCAAAGUAGAAUAUAAAAUACCGAACAUAUAGUUUCGCGAGUAGGUUCAGUUUAUGUCUCUCGUUCGGGAGUUUAUUCCCACUGAACGCCGUUCGAUUCCCAUUCGAAUAGCCGAACAUCAGUGGAAGGUAUGUGUUUAGCGGUGUUCGCACCGUCGAGUGUCUGAUAUGAGUUCCACGUACUUGACAACCAAACGCCGCUCAUUGAGCUUGUGGCUUAAGAUGGCUGCCGCCACAUGUUCGAAAGCCAGCCACCUGCUUCGACCCGCUUUGAGAGUUCGAAGUGAUGCUUCGAACCUCUUCGAGAGUUUUAAGUGUUACUGAGUGAAUAAUGUUUAUAGGUGGCACACUUCUCGUACGGGUGGUCCAGUCAUUCAGUGGUUUAUUCGGCAUUCAAACCCAGACUCCUGAUCCGUUUGGUAAAUUCCGUAUACCGAACCAUACAAGUCCAAAAGGUACAAACAGUGUCUUUAACCACAGUUUAUUACAGGGGCCAUAGUCACAGGGCAGGAGGCUGGCAAAUAGGCUCCUCCAAAAGCCAGUGGCGAGGUUACUUUUCGCCACACUAUGUUUUUGUGUUUGUUUAUUCUGAUCCUUUUUAUCUAUCAUUGGGACGUAGGUAAAGAUCAAAUCACAUUUUAGGACAAUGCAAAUAAGGAGGUUAAAGACUUCUGCUGUGUCUGCAAAAACCCUGUAAUAUUGAGUUCAGAUUAAUUGAACACACUUUUGUCACAAAUUGUUGUCAAAAUAAACUAACAAGGACAAUAAUUUACUCUACGUACAGCUUUUGAGAACGUAGGUAAUGUGCCAUAAAAGAAACGAUAAAACACUUAAGCUAUAUCUAUAAAUUCUUCUUUUGCAUUAUUUGUUUCUCUUAUUGAACCCACAAUCUCAUUUUGUCUUCCCACAGGGAGACUCUGGUGGUCCUCUUGUUUGCGAGCUGGAAGGACGUGUUGAGUUGUACGGUAUUGUGAGCUGGGGAACUGGCUGUGCUGAGGUUAACAAGCCUGGCGUCUAUACCGAAGUGUCCAGCUACAUUAACUGGAUCAAUGCCAACAUCAGCUGAAGCAAAGGCAGAUUACCAGUGGAGUGCCUGUAACACUUAAAUCCCACCUCUACUGCAGCAUACGGACUAUCAAAAUGAUUUAGAAUUGUUUUACUUACAAGUGCAGAGAUUGAUAAUACAUGCUGUGUUGAUGGUGUGCGAGACCUGUUUUGGAAGCCCUGAAACAAGCCAAUCUUUUCAGUGCUCUAAAAUAGAUGUUAUAUUUCUUUUUCUUAUCCUUUGUUUUCUUUCUUAGUACUCCAUUCUGAAAAGCAUGCUUAUGUAUGCGCCAAUUUAUAUACCACUGUAAAGGGAGGACCUUUUUGUAAUUUGUAAUUUUUUUGUUGUAAUUUUUGUUGAGAGAUAUAGCAUGUCAUUUGUUACAAAAAAAAGAGUAUUGAAUAACAGAAACAUUUAUUUUACACAUUAAUAAAUAUUAAGGCUGGAUACUGUUGGCUUUGUCUAAUAUGACUUUCCAAAUAUAAAUUGUUGUCUUUGUAAAAGUAUCUCUUUGGUAUAACUGUGUGGAGUUUUCUAUUGAGAAUGAACUACACCCGCAUAGAGCAGCAACAUGUCUAGAUGUCCAUGUGCUAGAUGCUAGAGUCAAUUGCAAACAAUAUAAAUGAUAUAUAAUCCACAUUUGAGAAUCCUGUGAUGUGGGAUUCAUGGGCAGUUAAAUACCUCCAAACAUUGGGAGCUAUACAACUGUGAUAUGAGAGGGAGGAGUCAGAGAGGGAUAUCACAGUGAUACAAGGCAGCAUUAGGUAGAUUCACCAUAGAGAGCUACAGUCUAGUGUGCAUGUAAACCACUUGACAGACAAGGCGGGUGAAUUGCUCUUAAAUGAGCACAAAGGCCUAACACAUUACCGAGCUAUGAUAAUAAUAUUCCAUAUUAAUUAAGAAUCUUUGAUUGAUCACUAUUGAGCAAAUUAAACUAUUAUAGAUAGUUAAGAUGGCGCCGGUACACAGUACUGAAAAUGUUACUAACCACAAAACACAGCACAAGAAUGACUCAUGCAUGCCAUCACAAGAUAGUUAUGAGAACAGAGCUAGCUUUUUAGAUCAGAGAUAAUAACCGUACAGACCUGGCAUGAUAUUGUUGGAGCUGGACAGCCUGGCCAUCUGCAGGUCCCAUCCAACGCUUUUGCAAGGUGUUUGCUGGGCUGCACUGAUAAGAAGAUUUGUUGCAAAAGUACAGACUAUUCACCCCAUUGAUUAUUAAGAACUUAUAAAAGACAAGAAAACUUGGCACUCGUUUGGAGUACUACCCACCUGUAAUACGGACAUGUAUCACUGGUUCUGCUGAUUUCCUAGUAAGAGAAGGUCCCCUUCAAGCCAGACUGCCAGAAGUUCUCUCAGUCGAGUGCAGCAAGCUUCUCUUAUGACGAUGUAUACUUGAGCUGUUUCUUUAAGCUGAAUAUUAAACUGUUUCUUUAAGUUGAAUGAUUACUUAUUAAUUAAGUCUUUGUUAAUCAAUAAAGUUUGUAUUGAUUAUUUACAAGUACCUGAUGUCAGUGUCUUUCCCUUUCAAUUCACUCAUCCCGAAUAGGGUUUUGGUGCCCACCAAUAUCUUUAAAAACCUUGGGGUAAUUGAUUAUUGCUUUUUGAUAUUGGCG